AUGUUCUUGGCUCUGUCUGCUGCAGGUGAGGUAGGUAGCGGGACACCGAGGGCUUCUUGCUGGGUCACAGAGGCUGUUGGGGGUGUUGGGGCCUGCUCUCCUCCAUCAUCUCCCUCCUUUACCUUUUCCUCAGCUUCUGAGAUGAGUUCAGCUUCUACUUUUAGGGUAGCAAACACAUUCUCAAAAGCCUGGAGGCUUGAAUCAUUGCCUUGUAUCAAUACAGUUCCAUUAUUGAAUAAGUUGACUGUUUGAUGUGUUGCUCUGGUCAGCUUCUUCAAAAAUGCUGAUCUGACAGCCUUGGCUGAUGCCUCUCUUUUUUGAGAAAGGGAAAUGGUUGCGAAUAACCCUUUUCCAUAUUUGCCCUCGUUUCCCUCCCCCUUCUCUUAUUUUGCGCCCAGCUCUGCUCUGUUCCACGGGGACAAGAGAGCGAGGGAAAGACACGGGGGGGGUGUUCUGCCUCGUUUGCCUUUCAUGUGUCUACAGAAGAGAUAAGCAAAGUGAUGUCAGCUGCAGCUAGCAGAGCGGAGACAGAGACGGCUCACUAAACACACACACACACACACACACACCCUAACAAAACAACUCCCCAUAGCUCCCAGAGUAUUGCUUUAACUUCAGCCCCUGUAGAUAAAUUGUUGUCCAGGAGCAGAUACUGUACUCCUGUGGAUGAGUCUCUCUCUCUCUCUCUCUCUCUCUCUCUCUCUCUCUCUUUCUUUCUUUCUUUCACUCUGUCUGUCUCUCUGUCUCUCUCUUUUCUCCCUCUCCCUUUUCUCUCUCUCUCUCUCUCUCUCUCUCUCACACACACACACGCCAUACACACACACACACACACACACAGCCCACUGUCAUCACAUAAACUACAGUCUAGUUUGGGCAUGUCUCUCAUUAAAUACAGCGUCUGGAUCGAUCUCACCUCCCCUGCUCAGUCUCUCUGUCUCUCUCUACACCAAACGUUAAGAACACCUUCCUAAUAUUGAGUUGCACCCCCCUCAGAACAGUCUCAAUUCGUUGGGCAUGGACUCUACAGUCGUGGUCAAAAGUUUUGAGAAUUUAUUUUAUUUAUUUAUUUUACCUUUAUUUAACUAGGCAAGUCAGUUAAGAACAAAUUCUUAUUUACAAUGACGGCCUACACCAGCCAAACCCGGACGACGCUGGGCCAAUUGUGCGCCGCCCUAUGGGAAUGACACAAAUACUAAUUUUCACAAAGUCUGCUGCCUUAGUUUUGAUUAUGGACAUUUUCAUAUACUCCAGAAUGUCAUGAAGAGUGAUCAGAUGAAUUGCAAUUAAUUGCAAAGUCCCUCUUUGCCAUGAAAAUGAACUUAAUCCCCAAAAAACAUGUCCACUGCAUUUCAGCCCUGCCACAAAAGGACCAGCUGCCAUCAUUACAUUUUAGUAAUUUAGCAGACGCUCUUAUCCAGAGCGACUUACAGUUAGUGAGUGCAUACGUCAGGGCGCCCAAGUAAGUCCAGCAAGCGCCAGGACCGUCUCCUAAAGUUGAUUCAGCUGCAGGAUCGGGGCACCACCAGUGCAGAGCUUGCUCAGGAAUGGCAGCAGGCAGGUGUGAGUGCAUCUGCAUGCACAGUGAGGCGAAGGCUUUUGGAGGAUGGCCUGGUGUCAAGAAGGGCAGCAAAGAAGCCACUUCUCUCCAGGAAAAAGGGACAGACUGAUAUUCUGCAAAAGGUACAGGGAUUGGACUGCUGAGGACUGGGGUAAAGUCAUUUUCUCUGAUGAAUCCCCUUUCCGAUUGUUGCAUUCGGAAAACACCUUGAUGGCGCUACCAUCAGUCCUGUGUCAUGCCAACAGUAAAGCAUCCUGAGACCAUUCAUGUGUGGGGUUGCUUCUCAGCCAAGGGAGGGGGCUCACUCACAAUUUUAUCUAAGAACACAGCCAUGAAGAGGACUGAGCACGCCCCCAAUCUCAUCGAUGGGGCUGUAGUGGAACAGGUUGAGAGCUUCAAGUUCCUUGGUGUCCACAUCACCAACAAACUAUCAUGGUCCAAACACACCAAGACAGUCGUGAAGAGGACACGACAAAACCUAUUCCCCCUCAGGAGACUGAAAAGAUUUGGCAUGGGUCCUCAGAUCCUCAAAAAGUUCUACAGCUGCACCAUCGAGAGCAUCCUGACUGGUUGCAUCACCGCCUGGAUGGCAAUCGCUCGGCCUCCGACCGCAAGGCACUACAGAGGGUAGUACGUACGGCCCAGUACAUCACUGGGGUCAAGCUUCCUGCCAUCCAGGACCUCUAUACCAGGCGGUGUCAGAGGAAGGCCCUAAAAAUUGUCAAAGACUCAAGCUACCCUAGUCAUAGACUGUUCUCUCUGCUACCGCACGGCAAGCGGUACCGAAGCGCCCCCCUGCUGCUACUCUGUUUAUUAUUUAUACAUAGUCACUUUAACUCUACCCACAUGUACAUAUGACCUCAAUUACCUCGACUAGCCGGUGCCCCCGCACAUUGACUCUGUACCGGUUCCCCCCUGUAUAUACAGUGAGGGGAAAAAAGUAUUUGAUCCCCUGCUGAUUUUGUACAUUUGCCCACUGACAAAGAAAUGAUCAGUCUAUAAUUUUAAUGGUAGGUUUAUUUGAACAGUGAGAGACAGAAUGACAACAAAAAAAUCCAGAAAAACGCAUGUCAAAAAUGUUAUAAAUUGAUUUGCAUUUUAAUGAGGGAAAUAAGUAUUUGACCCCCUCUCAAUCAGAAAGAUUUCUGGCUCCCAGGUGUCUUUUAUACAGGUAACGAGCUGAGAUUAGGAGCACACUCUUAAAGGGAGUGCUCCUAAUCUCAGUUUGUUAACUGUAUAAAAGACACCUGUCCACAGAAGCAAUCAACCAGAUUCCAAACUCUCCACCAUGGCCAAAGAGCUCUCCAAGGAUGUCAGGGACAAGAUUGUAGACCUACACAAGGCUGGAAUGGGCUACAAGACCAUCGCCAAGCAGCUUGGUGAGAAGGUGACAACAGUUGGUGCGAUUAUUCGCAAAUGGAAGAAACACAAAAGAACUGUCAAUCUCCCUCGGCCUGGGGCUCCAUGCAAGAUCUCACCUCGUGGAGUUGCAAUGAUCAUGAGAACGGUGAGGAAUCAGCCCAGAACUACACGGGAGGAUCUUGUCAAUGAUCUCAAGGGAGCUGGGACCAUAGUCACCAAGAAAACAAUUGGUAACACACUACGCCGUGAAGGACUGAAAUCCUGCAGCGCCCGCAAGGUCCCCCUGCUCAAGAAAGCACAUAUACAGGCCCGUCUGAAGUUUGCCAAUGAACAUCUGAAUGAUUCAGAGGAGAACUGGGUGAAAGUGUUGUGGUCAGAUGAGACCGAAAUCAAGCUCUUUGGCAUCAACUCAACUCGCCGUGUUUGGAGGAGGAGGAAUGCUGCCUAUGACCCCAAGAACACCAUCCCCACCGUCAAACAUGGAGGUGGAAACAUUAUGCUUUGGGGGUGUUUUUCUGCUAAGGGGACAGGACAACUUCACCGCAUCAAAGGGACGAUGGACGGGGCCAUGUACCGUCAAAUCUUGGGUGAAAACCUCCUUCCCUCAGCCAGGGCAUUGAAAAUGGGUCGUGGAUGGGUAUUCCAGCAUGACAAUGACCCAAAACACACGGCCAAGGCAACAAAGGAGUGGCUCAAGAAGAAGCACAUUAAGGUCCUGGAGUGGCCUAGCCAGUCUCCAGACGUUAAUCCCAUAGAAAAUCUGUGGAGGGAGCUGAAGGUUCGAGUUGCCAAACGUCAGCCUCGAAACCUUAAUGACCUGGAGAAGAUCUGCAAAGAGGAGUGGGACAAAAUCCCUCCUGAGAUGUGUGCAAACCUGGUGGCCAACUACAAGAAACGUCUGACCUCUGUGAUUGCCAACAAGGGUUUUGCCACCAAGUACUAAGUCAAAUACUUAUUUCCCUCAUUAAAAUGCAAAUCAAUUUCUAACAUUUUUGACAUGCGUUUUUCUGGAUUUUUUUGUUAUUCUCUCUCACUGUUCAAAUAAACCUACCAUUAAAAUUAUAGACUGAUCAUGUCUUUGUCAGUGGGCAACGUACAAAAUCAGCAGGGGAUCAAAUACUUUUUCCCCUCACUGUAGCCUCUCUACUGCUAUUUUAUUUUAUUGCUGCUCUUUAGCUAUUUGCUUUAAUUUUUUUAUUUUUCUUAAUUAACAUUUUUGUUUUACAUUUUUAUUUUUAAAACUGCAUUGUUGGUUAAGGGCUUGUAAGUAAGCAUUUCACUGUAAUGUUGUAUUCGGCGCAUGUGGCAAAUAAAAUUGGAUCUGAUUUUAUUUGAAUAAAGAAUGGUACCAACACAUCCUCCGAGAGCAACUUCUCCCAACCAUCCAGGAACAGUUUGGUGACGACCACUGCCUUUUCCAGCAUGAUGGACCACCUUGCCAUAAGGCAAAAGUGAUAACUAAGUGGCUCAGGGAACAAAACAUUGACAUUUUGGGUUCAUGGCCAGGAAACUCCCCAGACCUUAAUCCCAUUGAGAACUUGUGGUCGAUCCUCAAGAGACGGGUGGACAAACAAAAACACACAAAUUCUGACAAACUCCAAUUAUUGAUUAUGCAAGAAUGGGCUGCCAUCAGUCAGGAUGUGGCCCAGAAGUUAAUUGACAGCAUGCCAGGGCAGAUUGCAGAGGUCUUGAAAAAGAAGGGUCAACACUGCAAAUAUUGACUCUUUGCAUAAACUUAAUGUAAUUGUCAAUAAAAGCCUUUGACACUUAUGGAAUGCUUGUAAUUAUACUUCAGUAUACCAUAGUAACAUCUGACAAAUAUAUCUCAUAACACUGAAGCAGCUAACUUUGUGAAGACCAAUACUUGUGUCAUUCUCAAAACUUUUGACCACGACUGUACAAGGUUACAAGGUGUCAAAAGCAUUCCACAGGGAUGCUGGCCCAUGUUGACUCCAAUGCUACCCACAGUUGUGUCAAGUUGGCUGGAUGUCCUUUGGGUGCUGGACCAUUCUUGAUACACACGGGAAACUGUUGAGCGUGAAAAACCCAGCAGUGUUGCAGUUCUUGACACAAACCGGUGCGCCUGGCACCUACUACCAUACCCCGUUCAAAGGCACUUAAAUAUUUUGUCUUGCCCAUUCACCCUCUGAAUGGCACACAUACACAAUCCAUGUCUCAAUUGUCUCAAGGCUUAAAAAUUAUUAUUUAACCCGUCUCCUCCCCUUCAUCUACACUGAUUGAAGUGGAUUUAACAAUGACAUCAAUAAAGGAUCAUAGCUUUCACCUGGAUUCAUCUAUUCAGUCUAUAUGUCAUGGAAAAUGCAGGUGUUCCUAAUGUUUUGUAUACUCAGUGUAUCUAUGUUUGUCUGUCAAUUCCUGAGGGACACACACACUUGCAAACAUAGCAGGCUCCCACUUACGAGACUGGUCAUUCUUUAGAAAUGUUCAUAGCAACAAGCUCCACUGAGUUGUGUUGUUCAGCAUAUCUACAGCUGUCUCAGUGACUCACUGUGAUCAUUGUUAUCUCUCUCUCUACACUGGAACACAGUCACAGGUCUUAUACAGAAAUACCCCCCUACCAAAUCCACACUGUGCUUUUGUCAUGUUCUGUAGUACGCUUUUCCGUCACACUGCUAUAAGCCAGGGGGAGUCUGAAAGCAGCUGUGUGUGUGUGUGUGUGUGUGUGUGUGUGUGCGCGCAUAAGUGUGUGUGUUUUGUGAAAGAGUUGUUUUGUCUUGUUUCAUUUUCCCCGCUGAGCGGUAGAUGGGUGUAAUUCCCUGCUGUUGUGGUCCCUCUGCUCGCUCCAUGUCAAACACACUGUUUCUGAUAAGUUUGUGUGUGAGAGUGUGUGUGUGUGCGUGUAGUCGUGUAUAUUUAUUUGUGUGUGCACACUUGUGAAGGGCUUCCAGCAGAAUAUUGUCAAGGUGAAAAUGACUGGAAGAAUAAUAACAAUGUGCCAUGAUAAUAACGUGCUUUAGGAGACUGGGAUAAUAAUGUACAAUGUUGCUAAACAAUUCAGUGAAGUGUGCUGAGAAAGAGAGAGGGAGAGAGGGUAGAAUGGGGAUUUCAAGUUUUGACUACAGAUAUGCUCCAGGGACUCCUAUUGUGUGUAGCUAGCGUGGAACCCCGUAUUAUCGGCAUAUUCAACAGCGUUUAAGAAAUAUAUUACCUUCAACAGUGUUAUCUUGUGAUCAAGCCAUCAAAGUUUUGUGAUUAUUGGUGUCGUAAAAAUGUUAGCUAACGGGUUAGCAAUGAGCAAGUUUGACAUUUCAGUGAAAAUACUACUAUUAUCAGCUUUUUGAUAAGCGGUUUAGCAAAAAAAUAUGUCCCGUAUUAUCGGCAUACAGCCCCCAGUUAUUGGCCACCUUACUAUUUUGUUCAAUUACAAGAUAUAUCCGUUUAAUUUUGUUCAAAAAAGAGACACCACCCACGUACCCGAAGUGUUUACUAGAUAGUUGAAUAGUUGGCUAGCCUUCCGGUGAAAAAUAAUGACUUGCCUGUCAACUUUUCAUUGCGUAGCCCGGUGCACCCUCCUGUGGACUCUUAAAAAAUUGUUCUUCACCAACAUAUUCAGUGUUGUAACCAAAUAAUGUCUCAUCAUUUGUUUUACAGAUUAAUUUUAUGUUUUGAGAAAGUAGAUAACAGUUGAAUACUAAAAUAUGAGUCUUAAUAAUUUACAUCAAAUAAAACUUUAAUUUCAGUAAUGUGCAUUGACAUAAACAAUGAAAACACUGUUGGAGUUUGUGUUGCAGAGGUGCACUUGGAAAGUAAAGGAAGAAAUACACAAGAUGGGUUCAAUAAAUAUAUAGAUUAUAUUUUAGACAUUCUAUUUUUUUGUACAAAUAAAUAAUUUAAUGUGAACACAAACCAAACAAACAAUUAAAUCUCGACCUCCAUCCCUAUAUUGUCACAAAAAUCACAAUAAAAAUCCAGCUCCACCGCUACCUCUUGAUCCCACUGAACACACCUGCAGGGAACCAGUGCUGGCAGAAGUCACAGCACACCCAUGGCACCUCGGAUCUACACUCCUGAGGGGAGCUUGCAGGCGGAUCAUGCUCCCUGCAGAGAGCACAGCAGGUGGUGUCUUCUUUUAUAAAAAAAUUAAUAAUAAUAAAAAUUGAUUAAUAUGGUUUUGCAAAAUGUAGAAGUUCUUCAACAACAAUAGUAAUUGAUAUAACUGAGAGAGAGAAAAACAGAUUAUGAAGUACCUGAGAGUGAUAAGUCAUUUUUUUGUAAUUUAACAUGUGUUUACCUGUGGAGGUGGCUGUAUUCAAAUUGCAGGGGGCAGGGACACCAGACGAGGCUGCUAUGGUGGUGUGACCAGGGGAGACGGAGGAGGCAGUUGGUCCAGAGGAGGCCGUGUUGGUGGUGACAGACAGGGGGAGUGGUGUGCAUCGUGGUGGUGGUGGACAAAACCGCUGACGAUGGCUUGGAGGAGCUGGUGUUUGUAAUGGUGGGGUUGAGGGGCCGACGAUGGUGUGGCCGGGAGAGUAGGCACGUAGCCUUCUUCUGCAGCUGUGGACUCCGGCGGCUCCUACAGGUUGCACACUGGGAGGCAUUGGCAGUGGUGAUGCAGCUGUCAGGAGUGGUUCCAGCAGGGGGUCCAGCAGAGGCGAUGGCGUCAAUGGUCAUAUCCAUGGCAGCCCUCUCCUGUGCCCUCUGUGUUCUGAGGGCUGCCCAACGCUCUUUCUCCUCUGCCUCGGCCCUCUCCUUCUCACCCCUCUCCUGCCACUGGCGCGUGUAUUCCUCUCCGGUGAGGCAUGUGGCGACCACAGGGAGUCUUCUGUAUCGAUCUAGCUGAUACUUAAGGACAGUAAGGAUGUGCCCCAGGUCCUUCGCUAUCAGCCCCCCCUCUAUUAGGGGGUGCUCUUCUAGAGCUAGGGCUGGGACUGGAGCAGGGGCUUGGACUGGAGCAGGGGCUGAGGGUCCUCCUGUGAUCACUGGGGAGGAGGUGCUGAUGGACGGCACAGUGCUGCUGGUUCCAGGAGAGGCGGUGGUGGGACCCGGAACGGACCGAGACGUCAUUAAACGGGACCCUUCAAUGGCUGAAGGGUCAAAAGGGAAGUGGCCACACUUCUUAAACCCUUCCACCACAUAGCACAUGUCCUUUCAGCGCUGGUACGGGUAGCGGAAUACUCUGGCAAAUUCUUUAAAGGGCCAAAGUAUGCCACGUCCAGCGGCUGCAGGACAUGGGUGCAGUGUGGUGGAAGACAAAGAAGUAUAACCCCUUCCCUUAGUGCCGCCGCAAGCACCUCUGGGUCCAUGUGGCUCUUGUGCCCAUCUAAGAGGAGAAGGAGAGGGCGCUCCUUCACUGCAUGCUUAAUGAAGUGCUAAAACCACUUUCUGAACAGGUACCCGUCAAUGUAGCCACUGUUUGACCGUCCAUACAAGGCUUGGGGGGGGCCUCCCAGUGUGUAGUGGCCACCGGGGAAACACUUGGGGUAGAUGAUAAAUGGGGGGACAUCCUCCCCAGCUGCGUUGAAGCAGGCCAGCACUGUGAUGUGCUCCUUGGUCCCCAGACUCAUCGCAGUUAUAGAUUUGUCUGGGUUUCUCCCUCAACCCACUCUCCUCCAAGUGCUUCUCAUAAGAAGUGAAGAAGGUGUCCAUCAUCGGACGUGUGGCACACUCAGCUCUCCCCUGUCCAGGGUGUCCGGCCUCGUCAUGCUCUAUCUCUUGUGCCUCCUCCUGAACAUUUCCCACCACCUCUUCCCCAGUGGUGGGAUUGUUUCCCCUGGGUGCCGAAACCUACAAUAGAAGAUAAUAUGUAAUUGUCCAUCCAGGAUGAAAAUGUUUGUUUUGGCAUCACCUUACACAUCCACAUUUACAUCACACACAUUGAGAACAGUCAGUCCAGCAUUCUACAUACAUAAACACAUAGAACACCAAAUACCUGCAUAUUUCAUCAGCCUCUGUCUGGUAAAGGGGAACCCAUGGCUGGCGCAGUAGAUACAGUACUGCACCAGAGAGGUUUCAAGCAAUGUGGGUGGUCCACUGCGACAACCAUGGGUCACCCGGCCACUCAGCCUGUCCGCCAGGAUCUGCCGAGGUACACCAUGCACCUUGGUAGAUAAGAAAAUAAAACUGUUACUAGCAGAUAAAAUUCACAUACACAUGGUAAUCUCCUAAAAACAAAAGAUGCCUAACUUUGGCAGUCUGGCGGAUAGCCAUCCCUGCACCGCAGUCCUCCAUGGCAUGGAACAUGUCCACCUCACUCCACUGCUUCCUCUUGACUCUCUCCAUGCUGUGGUGUUAAUACAUGUAGCUAAAUAACUUGGCAUACUAUGCACAUUUUAGAAAGAUAACUCAAUCUGAAUAUGUAUAAACAUUUACAUUUCAAAGCUAAGGCAUUGAAAGGUGAUUAAAGUUUUCACAAUAACUGAAAGUGUACCCACGUUUUUUGUUUGAUGCUAUCUGUAAUGAAAAUUAGUGUCCCAAUUAGUUUAAUAUUGAUGCAUACAUUGUCAAAUUUGACUAAAUACUGCAUCUAUGUAGCUGUUGUAAGAUGAAACAUAGCCAACAGUGAUAGGUGUCAAAAAGUUAAUGGUUCAAAGUUCCAAAUACAUUUUUGCAGAUUGUGCAAAACGCCUCUGUCAGAGGACUCCAAUUUUGAUACGGUAAAGUUUGACAACAUUCAGCUGUUUCGUGAUAUGUAUUAUUUAACGCUUACAAUUUAUUUCCUUUUUGCUGUCUUAGCAGUUCUAUCAACAUUUAGCAAUUAAGCUAGCAACAUUAGAAAAUCCAUUAGCUAUAUUUCAGAGGUAAAAAGUUGGAUAUUAAAUUAUGUGUGGUCUGUCGCGCAGUUGAAUUUAAAAAUAUGCAGCGUGUUCCACAAAAUGUGGACAUAUAUAACUUUUUUGAAAACGCUCAAAACCUAACUUAACUUACAUAAAUUGCACUGAAAAUCGGUGGUCAGCUAGCUAGAAGGGUGUCGUUAGUCGCAAAACGUACCGUUAUUUUCCAGUCCAUUUAAAUGUUGAGCUCGAGGUGAUUUAGUCCUCCAACCGCUAGAGAGUGUCCGAAGUUAGGGGGUGUCCGAUGUUGGGGGAAAAUUAGCUAGCUAUAUGUGACUCGUUUCAGGAAACAAGGCGUAUUUCGUGCGUCACUACUUCACAGGAGAGGCAUUUGAAUGUAAACAUUUAUUUUUUAUCAAAAAGCAUUUUUUGGCAGAAUUGCCUUCUGGAACAUGUGAACUUUCAUAUGCCUUAAUAACAAACGUGUAUGCCAUCUGUAAAUACGAAUACAAUUGUUAAAUUACAAGCCUAGUUGGUUGAGCCACAGAAAAAGACAGGAACCUUCCCGCUAGCCAUGAUUGGCUGAGGUAAUGGAUGGGCUGGACAUGCCGAGAGAUGAGUUUGGAUUGGUCUGCCAUGUAGCACGCUUCUGUCUAUAACAUGAGCUGCUCAGUAUGAGUAGGUAAUCCUUUCUAACGCAACUUUUUUUAAAGAUAUCACACAGAACUGCAAAAGUGUUGCUGAUGCUCUCCACUUUCUGGGGAUCCAAGUUUUGAAAUCAGUGGAAUGUCCGGUGGAAGCAGAUUAUGAUAGCUAAGGAGAAAAUUCUGCCGUUUGAUUGCAAAUAUGCAAGGGAGUAGAAAAGAGAACACACAGAAGGCUGUUGUAUAAAACACCUGUCUCCGGAUUACAUCUUCAAACUAAGGGCAACCAUGGCAUCAGUGACAGGGAGGGAGAAGCAUUCAUCCAUGUAUACGGGUAAGAGAGUCUAGGUAGCUACAUUAUGAAAAAAAAAUUAUGCACUCACUAACUGUAAGUCGUCCUGGAUAAGAGCGUCUGCUAAAUGACUAAAAUGUCAAUGUAAUUUUUCAGAUAUUAUAUGUUUCUAAUUUUGUCCGAAAGUUUUUUCAUUGCAAGUUAAAGCUAAUGUUAGCUGGCUGGCUUUCUAGCUAACGUUAUGUGUAUGAUCUGUGUAGUAAUAUUAUUUGUAUCUCAGAGCCAUUUGCAUUGCUAGUUAUAGCCUAAUGUUAGCUAGCUAGCUAACAUUGUACCUAGUUGGAUAGCGUUAGCUACCUGCAGACUCAUGCGGGGUAGUAACGUUAUGAGUUGGGAUUAUGGUUCAUUGUUUCGCUAGCUAGCUACAUGUCUAAACAAAGACUCCACUAUGCAAGUAACCAUUUCACUGUACUGUUUACACCUUCUCUAUCCUGUGCAUGUUACAAAUAAACUUUGAUUUUAUUUGAUAUAGUGUGUGUUUACCAGAGACGGUGAUGUGAAGAACAACAUGACCUGCACCAAAGUCAAAUAAGGAUAUAACGCUAGGCCAACGAGACAGUGUCCAAGUUCUAAAAUUCUCCGGUAGAAUGCCCUGCUUUUAUUUUUUUCACUCACAACCGUAAGCUAUUUUCUGUAAUUAGCUCGCCAUUAACUUGUAAAUAAUGAUCUUGUUGUGAGUUUAUUUUCCUGUAAUAAUUAAUACAUAUUAGCUAAAGUUAAGAUGUUGUCAGCUAUAUGAUAUGGUCAUUGUUUGAACUGGCGAGCCAGCCAACUUAACGUUAACUAGGUAGCUAACAAGCUAGAAAUUAACCAAAACAUUGUUAAGAAAGUUGCUUUUAGUUGCCUGGUUUGCUAGAUUGACAUAUACUAAAUUAUUUUUUAAACGGAUGGGUUUAUUGCUGUUAAAAUACACCAGCUUUGCUAUUUUGGACCACCAGGUUGCUGAUGUCAUGCAGCCUGUUGUUUUUAUGUUUAUUCUUUUUCAUAACGACAAUGACAAGUUUGAUGUCGGACGACAAUAGAAUGUUCAUGAUGUCACUGCGACAACUGUCUACAGACAUGUCGAUAGACGUAGUAUAAACCAGCCUUUAGUCUUGAAAUCUUUGGUUGUUUAGUACACUACCGUACUCACUCUGUUUAGCACAUGGCCUCAUGUGAAUCCUUAAAGAGAUGGGUGGGGCUAAGGCUUAAGAGGGUGUGAACGAUGCUAAAUGGGUGUAGACAAAGAAGAGCUCUCCAGUAGGUGUACCAAAACAUUCAAGGGCCAUUUUCUCAAAAGUGGGGUUACAAGUUUAUCAACUUACAAAGCAGAAUUACUUUUCCAUUGUUCCUCAACUGUAGUGUAUGAUUGACCAUUUUCUAGCUCUGAGUCUCUACCUUUAUCCAAUGUAAAAAAAAAAAAAAAUUCAAAUGUUGCUACGAAACACCGAAUCGAGCUGGUUGGUCACAAAUGCUCCAGGGACUCCUAUUGUGUGUAGCUAGAUAUAUGCUCCAGGGACUCCUAUUGUGUGUAGCUAGAUAUAUGCUCCAGGGACUCCUAUUGUGUGUAGCUAGAUAUAUGCUCCAGGGACUCCUAUUGUGUGUAGCUAGAUAUAUGCUCCAGGGACUCCUAUUGUUUGUAGCUAGAUUGAGGGAAAAAAAUCCAGAAAAUCACAUUGUAGGAUUUUUAAUGAAUUUAUUUGCAAAUUAUGGUGGAAAAUAAGUAUUUGGUCACCUACAAACAAGCAAGAUUUCUGGCUCUCACAGACCUGUAACUUCUUCUUUAAGAGGCUUCUCUGACCUCCACUCGUUACCUGUAUUAAUGGCACCUGUUUGAACUUGUUAUCAGUAUAAAAGACACCUGUCCACAACCUCAAACAGUCACACUCCAAACUCCACUAUGGCCAAGACCAAAGAGCUGUCAAAGGACACCAGAAACAAAAUUGUAGACCUGCACCAGGCUGGGAAGACUGAAUCUGCAAUAGGUAAGCAGCUUGGUUUGAAGAAAUCAACUGUGGGAGCAAUUAUUAGGAAAUGGAAGACAUACAAGACCACUGAUAAUCUCCCUCGAUCUGGGGCUCCACGCAAGAUCUCACCCCGUGGGUUCAAAAUGAUCACAAGAACGGUGAGGAAAAAUCCCAGAACCACACGGGGGGACCUAAUGAAUGACCUGCAGAGAGCUGGGACCAAAGUAACAAAGCCUACCAUCAGUAACACACUACGCCGCCAGGGACUCAAAUCCUGCAGUGCAAGACGUGUCCCCCUGCUUAAGCCAGUACAUGUCCAGGCCCGUCUGAAGUUUGCUAGAGUGCAUUUGGAUGAUCCAGAAGAGGAUUGGGAGAAUGUCAUAUGGUCAGAUAAAAAAAUAUAUAACUUUUUGGUAAAAACUCAACUGGUCGUGUUUGGAGGACAAAGAAUGCUGAGUUGCAUCCAAAGAACACCAUACCUACUGUGAAGCAUGGGGGUGGAAACAUCAUGCUUUGGGGCUGUUUUUCUGCAAAGGGACCAGGACGACUGAUCCGUGUAAAGGAAAGAAUGAAUGGGGCCAUGUAUCGUGAGAUUUUGAGUGAAAACCUCCUUCCAUCAGCAAGGGCAUUGAAGAUGAAACGUGGCUAGGUCUUUCAGCAUGACAAUGAUCCCAAACACACCGCCCGGGCAACGAAGGAGUGGCUUCGUAAGAAGCAUUUCAAGGUCCUGGAGUGGCCUAGCCAGUCUCCAGAUCUCAACCCCAUAGAAAGUCUUUGGAGGGAGUUGAAAGGCUGUGUUGCCCAGCGACAGCCCCAAAACAUCACUGCUCUAGAGGAGAUCUGCAUGGAGGAAUGGGCCAAAAUACCAGCAACAGUGUGUGAAAACCUUGUGAAGACUUACAGAAAACGUUUGACCUGUGUCAUUGCCAACAAAGGGUAUAUAACAAAGUAUUGAGAAACUUUUGUUAUUGACCAAAUACUUAUUUUCCACCAUAAUUAGCAAAUAAAUUCAUUAAAAAUCCUACAAUGUGAUUUUCUGUAAAAAAAAUGCUCAUUUUGUCCGUCAUAGUUGACGUGUACCUAUGAUGAAAAUUACAGGCCUCUCUCAUCUUUUUAAGUGGGAGAACUUGCACAAUUGGUGGCUGACUAAAUACUUUUUUCCCCCACUGUAUAUGCUCCAGGGACUCCUAUUGUGUGUAGCUAGCUAUAUGCUCCAGGGACUCAUAUUGUGUGUAGCUAGAUACUCUCAUUUAGCUGGCUGUGGGGAACAUGGAUUUUUCAUGGCAGAAUGGAAAAUCUCUCUUGUAUCCAUUUUCAUGGUAGUUUUAAUCAGUUUUUGGUGAUCAAAUCAAAUCAAAUGUUAUUUGUCCCAUGCGCCAAAUACAACAGGUGUAGACCUUACAGUGAAAUGUUUACUUACAAGCCCUUAACCAACAAUGCAGUUUUAAGACUGAAUACCAACAAAACAAAAAAUCACACAAACAAAUACAAUAUAAAAUAAUAAGAAAUAAAAGUAACAAAUAAUUGAAGAGCAGCAGUAAAAAUAACAAUAGCGAGGCUAUAUACAGGGGGAACCGGUACCGAGUCAAUGUGCGGGGAAACCGGUCAGUCGAGGUAAUUGAGGUAAUAUGUACAUGUACAUGUUAUUAAAGUGACUAUGCAUAGAUAAUAAACUGAGAGUAGCAGCAGCGUAAAAGAGGAUGAAGGGGGGGGGGGGGGUUUGGGGGCAAUGCAAAUAGUCUGGGUAGCCAUUUGAUUAGAUGUUCAGAAGUCUUAUGGCUUGGGGUUAGAAGCUGUUUAGAAGCCUCUUGGACCUAGACUUGGCGCUCCGGUACCGCUUGCCGUGCGGUAGCAGACAGAACAGUCUAUGACUAGGGUGGCUGGAGUCUUUGACAAUUUUUAGGGCCUUCCUCUGACACCGCCUGGUAUAGAGGUCCUGGAUGGCAGGGAGCUUGGCCCCAGUGAUGUACUGGGCCAUAUGCACCACCCUCUGUAGUGCCUGCGGUCGGAGGCCGAGCAGUUGUCAUACCAGGCAGUGAGGCAACCAGUCAGGAUGCUCUCGAUGGUGCAGCUGUAGAACCUUUUGAGGAUCUGAGGACCCAUGCCAAAUAUUUUCUACUUAGGGGGAAUAGGUUUUGUCGUGCCCUCUUCACGACUGUCUUGGUGUGCUUGGACCAUGUUAGUUUGUUGGUGAUGUGGACACCAAGGAACUUGAAGCUCUCAACCUGCUCCACUACAGCCCCGUCGAUGAGAAUGGGGGCGUGUUCGGUCCUCUUCUUUUCCCUGUAGUCCACAAUCAUCUCCUUUGUCUUGAUCGCGUUGAGGGAGAGGUUGUUGUCCUGGCACCACACGGCCAGGUCUCUGACCUCCUCCCUAUAGGCUGUCUCGUCGUUGUCGGUGAUCAGGCCUAUCACUGUUGUGUCAUCGGCAAACUUAAUGAUGGUGUUGGAGUCGUGCCUGGCCAUGCAGUCAUGAGUGAACAGGGAGUACAGGAGGGGACUGAGCACGCACCCCUGAGGGGCCCCCGUGUUGAAGAUCAGCGUGGCGGAUGUGUUGUUACCUACCCUUACCACCUGGGGGCGGCCCGUCAGGAAGUCCAUAAUCCAGUUGCAGAGGGAGGUGUUUAGUCCCAGGGUCCUUAGCUUAGUGAUGAGCUUUGAGGACACUAUGGUGUUGAACGCUGAGCUGUAGUCAAUGAAUAGCAUUUUCACAUAGGUGUUCCUUUUGUCCAGGUGUGAAAGGGCAGUGUGGAUCGCAAUAGAGAUUGCAUCAUCUGUGGAUCUGUUGGGGCGGUAUGCAAAUUGGAGUGUGUCUAGGGUUUCUGGGACAAUGGUGUUGAUGUGAGCCAUGACCAGCCUUUCAAAGCACUUCAUGGCUACAGACUUGAGUGCAACGGGUCGGUAGUCAUUUAGACAGGUUACCUUAGUGUUCUUGGGCACAGGGACUAUGCAGGGGUUGAUGAGUAAAUAUAGAUUUGAUUUAUGAAUGUAUCAUUAAUUAACCCAUGGCAAUGUCUCUUUUUCCUCUCUCUCCCUCUCUCUCUCUCUCGCUCUCAUCCUCUUUCUCACUUUUUCUUUCUUUCUCUCCACCCCAUCUCUCUGUUUCUCUCUCUCUCUCCGUCUCUCAGGUGCCCUCCAGAUAGAGAACAGUGAGGAGACAGACCAGGGAAAGUAUGAGUGUGUGGCCACUAACUCUCAGGGCGUGCGCUACUCUUCACCGGCCAACCUGUAUGUGCGAGGUAGGAACUGAUCACGCAUGUAAGAACACACAAACACACACACACACACACAUGCAUUAUAACACACACACACAUCUGUCACACAGCUGAAACAGCUGUCACCAUUAUACAAUGUAUUAAGUGGUGUUAAGUGCUAGUUUAUCUACAUGUUGUUUUGUUAUUUAUUUUCUUCCUAUUUGCAUCUACUAACCAAACCAAACCUAACCACCAAGUGAAACACCAGAUGGUGACCUAAGAUUGAUAACGUUCAAGACUAAACUGGGUUUUACAGGUGUUGCAUCAAAGUGCUGUAUUUUAUGAUAACUGCCACUGAAUGGAAUUAGACAAAAAGAGAUAGAUCAGUGAUGUCCUUACUGCACUGGGGCCAAUGUGCAGUUCCAGGGUUUUUGCUACAGUAUGACAUCACAAUUGUCCUAUCCCUCCUCAUCUUAUUCUAAAUUGAGGGCCACAGUGACUGAGAGUUUGUUUUUCUCUUGCACUUUAAAGUGGAACUAACAGGGGUUUAACUACUUUGCAGAUAUGAAACAAACAGACAAUUCCCAAUUUUUGCUACAAAACCAACUUUAUAAGAGGUUUUAAAAAUAGGUUAUAUUUGACUCAACAUUCCAUGAGGUACAUUAAGGCAUUGUUGGCAGAAUAGAUGGAUGCAGUUCAAUGCAUGAUUAAUAUAAUUCACCAAUACAUUACUUGGUAGUCCAAAAAAUAUUGCUAUCAGGUUGUAAAUCACAGCUGGCCUGGUACAUUGUUUGCUGCCUCCAUUCGGGAUGCACGGUUUUAGUUUCAAUACAAUCAAACUAGCAAGGGCAAUGAUCACAAGUCAGUCAUAACAUGGCUAAUAUGCUAGCAUAUCUAUUUAUGUAGCAAGCUUAAACACAGAGCCUAACAUUAGCUAGAUAGCUAGCUGCUAGGAGGACUUCAUGUCAUUGGAGGUGUGGGUGAAUGACUGACUUUUUCCCCUCAUAUCGUUUUUCGGUGGCUACACAGCUAGAGAUGCACGUGUCAUUUGGUUAGCUAGCAAGACAUAUGAAUCACUUUGCUAGCUAGCUAUGCUGAACGACUGUUAUCCAGUUAGCAUAUAUCUUGCAUUAGCAAAUUUACUCUGGCUACUGUAGCUAUCUACUCCGAUUUCAGAGCACUCUUGUCUGAGUGUGCCAGAGCGCAGAAUUACUGAUGAAUUUACGAACGCGCAAGACCCGCUGAAUAGGACCGGUGUCAGUAAACGUAGGCAAAAAAAAAGAGUUUGUCACGGACGCUCUAUAUAACAUGUAUACGGCCUAACCAGCUCUGCUAGGUUGAGUAAAAUGGUCAGUGAGGUGUUCUCUCAUUUGUGUCUGGUAGUAGAUAGCUAGCAAGCUAAGCUAGCCAACUUUAGCCAGUUAGCUUGGGUGCUUGGUUGGGACAACUCCGCAGGCAAGCUGCAGAAGGACGAGCAGGCUAUUCCACAUCGUUUAUCAGUGCAUUUUUUGAGAGGGUUUAUCUAAUGUUCCUUCGUUAGAUUUUAGCUCAUCUUGCUCUGGCUAGCAUUAGUUGUUGAUCUUGUUGUUGUUGAUGUGCAUAUAGGGAAAGAUAGCCUACCUUUUAUGGUUGUUUGAUCAAUAGGACUGUAAAGUUCCCAAAUGUAAGAGGACUCCCGUGGUAUUUAGCUACAUAUUUGCAGAAAUCCAUUCAAGUGUAUUUUGUGGCUUUUGCCGAAUGCGUUCUAGUGAUCUAAAGUUGUGCUGUUGCAACUGCCUGUAAACACACAGUCCAGUUCAAAGUGAGUGAUGGCAGGCAAAUGGCUUGUUUGCAUAUAGGCCUAAUGUAGCUCUGAUUGGCUAUGUCGCACCGUUCUGCGUAGACUCGGGUCCUGGAUGAGACAGAUGUUUUUAUUAGGUUUUAUUUACUGCAGUGUCUAUUAAUUGUCCAAACACACUGCCGCUUUCCCACUCUAUAUUGCUAUAGAAUUUUCACAAUUCCUUAGUAUACACAAUUCCUAAACGUUCUAAGAAUUUAUGAGAACGUGAAAAUGACCAUGUCUAAGUGCUCGCUUGUCAAAAAAUAAAAUAAAAAGGGUGUGAUAUGUUCCUGGGGGUGUACAUGAACAGAUUUUAAUAAGAUUUCAUGUUGCUAAAAUGCUGUCAGUUCCACUUUAAUGCUAGGGAAUACAUUUGGUUUCUCAAGUCUAAAUGAGAUACUAAAAAGCAAGAAUGCAAACCAACAGACAGUGUGGCCCUCCAGGAGUUUGAGACUUCUGUUCUAGGUUCUCGACUGGGGUAAGGGUGACGGGAUUUAGGGGUUCUAGACUCACAGUUCUAAGCUCUUGAGCCCCUGAGUUUGACGUUCCUGAUUCUACAUUUUUAGUGGGUUCUGUGAAGACCAGUGUGUAUGUGCGUGUGUACACGUGUGUUGGUGUGUGUAUGCGGUGUGUGUGUGAGGCUUUGAGCUGGCCGUUUUUACUCUGUCUGUGUUUCCCCGUUCUCUCUCUCCCCCUCACGUCAUUGUGUUCUGCAUCAACCCCCUUACAUCCCCCAGAGCUACGAGAAGGUUGGUGUGUUCUUUCUUUUCUUUCGUUACGCCUUCCUUUUUAUAACACAUUUACUCCAAAAGUUAGGAGUACUUCUAAAGUAAGGAGAGAUAAAUCAGUCUUAAACAGUCUAGAAAAUACGUAUGAAUAACCCUCAUGUUAAAUUGGUUUUCAUUUGAUAAACACACUUCUUUGAUUGAAGGCGUUUCACUAAGCUGUAAUGUGGCUACCUGCCUACGCAGUCGUUUGCAUUGAUUGCAUCGGGAGGCCUUGUUUGUAGACCUUGGAUAUUGCUUUCACUCCGAGCACAACGUUCUCUGCAUGGAACGUUCUUGUUGUCAUGGAGACCCAGGAAUUGGAAAUGAAAAGAAGGCUAUCUAUGCAUGAAGGGAGAGUGGAGGCAGCGCUUGCGUGCCUGUAUCCAGACUGUCUAACUGUGUAUGGCACGGCUCCGUGUGUGCUUGUGUGUGUGUGCGUGCAUGCGCUCUGCGUGUGUCGAUUUGAUUUAUUUCUGUUGUCUUGUCCAAUGUCUUUUAUUUCUUGUUCUGUUCUGUCUGUGUGGGCAUGUGUUAUGUCACUGUCAUGCUUCUGCACUUGUCGCAUGUUGUGUGUCUCUUUGCCAAUGUGUUUUUCUGUCUCUGUGUGUGGUAUUGGUCUGCUACUGUUUGUUUGCGUACAUACUCUGUGUAGCCAGUUUGGUGCUUGUAUGCUGAUUGGUUGUGUGGUCCUCAUAUCCCCUCAGGGAAAAUAAAGCAUUCAAAUAAGGCUUUAUUCAAGUGGCAUUUAAAAGUAGCAUAUAAUUAUUUACACGCUUGUUUGGUCAGCAAAGACUAAGUUAGUUCUGCUGGCUCAACAUACACUUACACUCAGAGGCCAACAACACACACUGCUUACUUUCUUUAUGUACAAUAUCUGUAUUUAUAUUCAGGUAAACAAAAUAUGGAAUCAUAUUUAUUUGCGCAAAAAAGAACAUCUGUGUUAUUAUUCACACAGAGAUCCGAUGUAAUUCCAUGGUUAUACUACAUUAUAUUAUUAUGUUAUUGUUCACACAGAGAUCCUAUGUAAUUGGUUAUUCAGCUGCUAAAUAGCGGUUGCUGUGAAAUAUAUUACGUCGUCCAUUGAUUGGCAGUUGAAAUGAACAAUUUAUCCUCCUCUAUAUUGAUGUAUAUUUAUAGAAUACACAUAUUAAUAAAACAUCUCUCCACUUCUUUAUUAGGUGAGGCAGGAUUAGCGUGUGUAAAUGCCAACAGUGCUUUAGUGUGCUGUGGCUGUGCUCUUUAAUGAAAUGCAACGGUAUCCUAGGCAGCUCUCAAUCCCCAUCUACUAUGGUCUAACAUCCUCAUCAACUCUACCCUGUAGACAAUCCUGUUAUUGAUACUGGAGCAAAAUAUAAUCAAUCAUUGCAUUACAGUUUCCCCCCUUGGACUAUAUGGUCUACAGUGGGCUAUUUAAUUAACAAGCAAAACUAGGGGGCUAUACGAGAGAUGCUAUUCUAUCAACAUUCUGGCCAGAGAUUUUCUUGAGAAGGGCUCUAGAAAUAUCCUUCAUAUGUUCCAUGAUAUUAAUACUACCUUGUUUUAUUGAUACUGAACUCACAUAUAUGUCUGAUAGUAAACUGUCUGACUGUUCAGUCUCGGCUGUCCUCUGUUCAGCAUGCUCUUGAAUAUUGUGCGGUCCUGCUGCAGAGCUGGAUGUACCCUACUUUCCUACUUGACAGAAGUGUCAACGUUCUCUUCUUCAGCCCGAACUGGACACAUUGUAAACAAGUCUCCAAACCUUAAGGGAACUUCUAGUCAAAACGCAGUAGUUAGAUAUGUAUACUACACAUUAUGCACACACUUUAAGAGUUUAGUACACUGCUCAAAAAAAUAAAGGGAACACUUAAACAACACAAUGUAACUCACACUUCUGUGAAAUCAAACUGUCCACUUAGGAAGCAACACUGAUUGACAAUACAUUUCACAUGCUGUUGUGCAAAUGGAAUAGACAACAGGUGGAAAUUAUAGGCAAUUAGCAAGACACCCCCAAUAAAGGACUGGUUUUGCAGGUGGUGACCACAGACCACUUCUCAGUUCCUAUGCUUCCUGGCUGAUGUUUUGGUCACUUUUGAAUGUUGGCGGUGCUUUCACUCUAGUGGUAGCCUGAGACGGAGUCUACAACCCACACAAGUGGCUCAGGUAGUGCAGCUCAUCCAGGAUGGCACAUCAAUGCGAGCUGUGGCAAGAAGGUUUGCUGUGUCUGUCAGCGUAGUGUCCAGAGCAUGGAGGCGCUACCAGGAGACAGGCCAGUACAUCAGGAGACGUGGAGGAGGCCGUAGGAGGGCAACAACCCAGCAGCAGGACUGCUACCUCCGCCUUUGUGCAAGGAGGAGCAGGAGGAGCACUGCCAGAGCCCUGCAAAAUGACCUCCAGCAGGCCACAAAUGUGCAUGUGUCUGCUCAAACGGUCAGAAACAGACUCCAUGAGGGUGGUAUGAGGGCCCGACGUCCACAGGUGGGGGUUGUGCUUACAGCCCAACACCGUGCAGGACGUUUGGCAUUUGCCAGAGAACACCAAGAUUGGCAAAUUCACCACUGGCGCCCUGUGCUCUUCACAGAUGAAAGCAGGUUCACACUGAGCACAUGUGACAGACGUGACAGAGUCUGGAGACGCCGUGGAGAACGUUCUGCUGCCUGCAACAUCCUCCAGCAUGACCGGUUUGGCGGUGGGUCAGUCAUGGUGUGGGGUGGCAUUUAUUUGGGGGGCCGCACAGCCCUCCAUGUGCUCGCCAGAUGUAGCCUGACUGCCAUUAGGUACCGAGAUGAGAUCAUCAGACCCCUUGUGAGACCAUAUGCUGGUGCGGUUGGCCCUGGUUUCCUCCUAAUGCAAGACAAUGCUAGACCUCAUGUGGCUGGAGUGUGUCAGCAGUUCCUGCAAGAGGAAGGCAUUGAUGCUAUGGACUGGCCCGCCCGUUCCCCAGACCUGAAUCCAAUUGAGCACAUCUGGGACAUCAUGUCUCGCUCCAUCCACCAACGCCACGUUGCACCACAGACUGUCCAGGAGUUGGCGGAUGCUUUAGUCCAGGUCUGGGAGGAGAUCCCUCAGGAGACCAUCCGCCACCUCAUCAGGAGCAUGCCCAGGCAUUGUAGGGAGGUCAUACAGGCACGUGGAGGCCACACACACUACUGAGCCUCAUUUUGACUUGUUUUAAGGACAUUACAUCAAAGUUGGAUCAGCCUGUAGUGUGGUUUUCCACUUUAAUUUUGAGGGUGACUCCAAAUCCAGACCUCCAUGGGUUGAUAAAUUUGAUUUCCAUUGAUAAUUUUUGUGUGAUUUUGUUGUCAGCACAUUCAACUAUGUAAAGAAAAAAGUAUUUAAUAAGAUUAUUUCAUUCAUUCAGAUCUAGGAUGUGUUAUUUUAGUGUUCCCUUAAUUUUUUUGAGCAGUGUAUUUACUUAAAUAAAAGAUUGAGCUGAAUUGUAUGGUACUGCGUAGGUGCUCAUGUCUGCAGCAUGGUUUUCAUCUGGUCACUCUGUCUCUGUCUCUGUCUGGCUCUUGUGUGCUCUGGAGAGAAUCUGCCUGCCUGCCUUUUGAUUUGCCAACAGUCUCUUAUAACAGUUCAAUUAGAUUUUGUCUGUUAAUUAAAUGUUGGUUUUUUGUCUUGAACUUUAGUGUCAAAUUCUGGGGAUCUGUUGGCAUUCUAGGGUCACUCCAAAUGUAUGGCACUGUUAUGUUGAGUGGGAUCAUGUCCACUGAGCUACAGUGGCUUGCGAAAGUAUUCACCCCCCUUGGCAUUUUUCAUAUUUUGUUGCCUUACAACCUGGAAUUAAAAUUGAUUUUGGGGGGGUUUGUAUAUAUAUAUAUAUAUAUAUAUAUAUAUUAGGGCUGUCAAAAAUAGCGCGUUAACGACGUUAAUUAGUUGUUUGCUGUUAAUUACGUCAAUUUUUUUAACGCAUUUCACGCAUGCGCAGUGUGACAAAUUAUUCAGGUCAGGAAAGUGGUUGGGAGCUAGAGGCGAGAUGGAGCAAGGUGAGCAAAGUGGGCCUAUUGACGGAUUCAAAUAUAAAAAGAAUGAUGAUGGUACAGUUAACAAGUACAAGGUUAUUUGCAAGAUUUGUAAGAAGGAGUUUCAAUUUCACCGGAGCUGUUCAAGCUUGAAGUACCAUGUCAACGCCAAACAUGCGUUUGCUGGGCCGUCAGAUUCAGCAAGUGGUUUGCGCCAGACCACGCUGAAUGUUUGCAGGCAAUUAACAAAAUCAACCUCAGAUAAUUUGACCCACACAAUAGCAAAAUGGAUUGCAAAGGAUUGUAGACCCAUUAGCAUUGUAGAAGACUCAGGUUUCCUUGAUGUUUUGCAAGUGGCGUCUCAAGACUCAUUCUAUAAGCCACCGUCAAGAGCCACAGUUAUGAAGAAAAUCCACGAGCUCUAUGAAAACGAAAAAGAAAAAAGGAAAGAGGUCUUGGCUCAAGUAAAUCAUAUCUUUAUUUAUCUUUUGGUAUGCAUUUCAGAAAAAAAAUGGUUAGGAUUCAGGUGUAAUUGCAAAUAGUGAUUAAUCAUGAUUAAUCCACUGAAAAUUCUGAUUAAUUUGAUUAAAAAUUUUAAUCAUUUGACAGCCCUAAUAUAUAUAUAUAUAUAUACACACAUAUACAUACAUACACAUAUACAUACAUACACAUACAUACAUAUACACAUACAUAAGUAUUUGAUCCCCUGCUGAUUUUGUACGUUUGCCCACUGACAAAGAAAUGAUCAGUCUAUAAUUUUAAUGGUAGGUUUAUUUGAACAGUGAGAGACAGAAUAACAACAAAAAAAUCCAGAAAAACGCAUGUCAAAAAUGUUAUAAAUUGAUUUGCAUUUUAAUGAGGGAAAUAAGUAUUUGACUCCCUCUCAAUCAGAAAGAUUUCUGGCUCCCAGGUGUCUUUUAUACAGGUAACGAGCUGAGAUUAGGAGCACACUCUUAAAGGGAGUGCUCCUAAUCUCAGCUUGUUACCUGUAUAAAAGACACCUGUCCACAGAAGCAAUCAAAUCAAUCAGAUUCCAAACUCUCCACCAUGGCCAAGACCAAAGAGCUCUCCAAGGAUGUCAGGGACAAGAUUGUAGACCUACACAAGGCUGGAAUGGGCUACAAGACCAUCGCCAAGCAGCUUGGUGAGAAGGUGACAACAGUUGGUGCGAUUAUUCGCAAAUGGAAGAAACACAAAAGAACUGUCAAUCUCCCUCGGCCUGGGGCUCCAUGCAAGAUCUCACCUCGUGGAGUUGCAAUGAUCAUGAGAACGGUGAGGAAUCAGCCCAGAACUACACGGGAGGAUCUUGUCAAUGAUCUCAAGGGAGCUGGGACCAUAGUCACCAAGAAAACAAUUGGUAACACACUACGCCGUGAAGGACUGAAAUCCUGCAGCGCCCGCAAGGUCCCCCUGCUCAAGAAAGCACAUAUACAGGCCCGUCUGAAGUUUGCCAAUGAACAUCUGAAUGAUUCAGAGGAGAACUGGGUGAAAGUGUUGUGGUCAGAUGAGACCGAAAUCGAGCUCUUUGGCAUCAACUCAACUCGCCGUGUUUGGAGGAGGAGGAAUGCUGCCUAUGACCCCAAGAACACCAUCCCCACCGUCAAACAUGGAGGUGGAAACAUUAUGCUUUGGGGGUGUUUUUCUGCUAAGGGGACAGGACAACUUCACCGCAUCAAAGGGACGAUGAACGGGGCCAUGCACCCCCCCCCCCCCCCCCCCCAAAAAAAAAAAAAAAAAAAAAAAAAAAUGGUAAAGUGGUUAUCCCACUGGCUAUAAGGUGAAUGCACCUAUUUGUAAGUCGCUCUGGAUAAGAGCGUCUGCUAAAUGACGUAAAUGUAAAUGUAAAUGUACCAUCAAAUCUUGGGUGAGAACCUCCUUCCCUCAGCCAGGGCAUUGAAAAUUGGUCGUGGAUGGGUAUUCCAGCAUGACAAUGACCCAAAACAUACGGCCAAGGCAACAAAGGAGUGGUUCAAGAAGAAGCACAUUAAGGUCCUGGAGUGGCCUAGCCAGUCUCCAGACCUUAAUCCCAUAGAAAAUCUGUGGAGGGAGCUGAAGGUUCGAGUUGCCAAACGUCAGCCUCGAAAACGUAAUGACUUGGAGAAGAUCUGCAAAGAGGAGUGGAACAAAAUCCCUCCUGAGAUGUGUGCAAACCUGGUGGCCAACUACAAGAAACGUCUGACCUCUGUGAUUGCCAUGUUUUGCAGAGGGGUCAAAUACUUAUUUCCCUCAUUAAAAUGCAAAUCAAUUUAUAACAUUUUUGACAUUUUUCUGGAUUAUUUUGUUGUUAUUCUGUCUCUCACUGUUCAAAUAAACCUACCAUUAAAAUUAUAGACUGAUCAUGUCUUUGUCAGUGGGCAAACUUACAAAAUCAGCAGGGGAUCAAAUACUUUUUUCCCUCACUGUAUAUACAUAUCCUUUUCAAAAAUAUAUUUCCCUUCAUUACUUUCCAACCCCACCACCCCUUCCCUAAUUGGAGUAAACUAGUGAACAACAACGCUUAGGCCUCUACUUCCAGCUUAUGCAUACUAUAUACAUUUUAUGGACACAGUCAAUUUUACAAUAAUUAUAUUUUGUUUGUUUUCACUCCUGAACUUCCUCUACCCUCAACCUCUCUGAUCAUUUUAAUGAUGUCCAUCCGGUUUGCUUCUAUAUGCCAUAUCUUUCUAACUGUGCUCUUUCACAAAAGCUCUCAACCUAUAACCUAUAUACUUAUUAUGGACACGGUAUGUUUUACAUUAGUUAUCUUGUUGUUAAAAGCUCAAUUUCAAAUCAAAUCAAAUCAAAUUGUAUUUGUCACAUACACGUGUUUAGCAGAUGUCAUAGCGGGUGUAGCGAAAUGAUUGUGCUUCUAUCUUCGACAGUGCAGUAAGAUCUAACAAGUAAUAUCUAACAAUUUCACAACAUAUACCCAAUACACACAAAACUAGUAAGGAAUGGGAUUUAAGAAUAUAUACAUAUAUGGACAAGCAAUGACAGAGCGGCAUGGACUAAGAUACAGUAGAAUAUUAUAGAAUAGAAUGCAGUAUAUACAUAUGAGAUGAGUAGUACAAGAUAUGUAAACAUUAUUAAAGUGACUAGUGUUCAAUUUCUUAAAGUGGCCAGUGAUUUCAAUAGGCAGCAGCAGCCUCUAAUGUGGUAAUUUUAGUCUCAUCUGACCAGAGUACCUUCUUCCAUAUGUUUGGGGAGUCUCCCACAUGCCUUUUGGCGAACACCAAACGUGUUUGCUUAUUUUUUACUUUAAGCAAUGGCUUUUUUCUGGCCACUCUUCCGUAAAGCCCAGCUCUGUGGAGUGUACGGCUUAAAGUGGUCCUAUGGACAGAUACUCCAAUCUCCGCUGUGGAGCUUUGAAGCUCCUUCAGGGUUAUCUUUGGUCUCUUUGUUGCCCUCCUUGCCUGGUCCGUGAGUUUUGGUGGGUGGCCCCUCUUGGCAGGUUUGUUGUGGUGCCAUAUUCUUUCAAUUUUUUUAUAAUGGAUUUAAUGGUGCUCUGUGGGAUGUUCAAAGUUUCGGAUAUUUUUUUAUAACCCAACCCUGAUCUGUACUUCUCCACAACUUUGUCCCUGACCUGUUUGGAGAGCUCCUUGGUCUUCAUAGUGCCGCCUGCUUGGUGGUGCCCCUUGCUUAGUGGUGUUGCAGACUCUGGGGCCUUUCAGAACAGGUGUAUAUAUACUGAGAUCAUGUGACAGAUCAUGUGACACUUAGAUUGCACACAGGUGGACUUUAUUUAACUAAUUAUGUGACUUCUGAAGGUAAUUGGUUGCACCAUAUCUUAUUUAGGGGCUUCAUAGCAAAGGGGGUGAAUACAUAUGCACGCACCACUUUUCCGUUAUUUAUUAUUUAGAAUUUUUUGAAACAAGUAAUUUUUUUUAUUUCACUUCACCAAUUUGGACUAUUUUGUGUAUGUCCAUUACAUGAAAUCCAAAUAAAAAUCAAUUUAAAUUACAGGUUGUAAUGCAACAAAAUAGGAAAAAUGCCAAAGGGGAUGAAUAAUUUUGCAAGGCACUGUACUGAAUCACUUGAAGAUGCCAAAUUGUUUAUUUGGUUUUGGUGAAUAGUUUGUUCGCGUGCUAUCUGAGGAAGAAUAGGAAUACAGUGAAAUCCAUGGAACCUAGAGAAGAUAUUUAAACGCUAGGUGAAGUUUAUUAAUGAAUCUGAACAUUGUUAUUUUACAUUAAAUGCAUCAGCUGAGAAUCAUUUGGGGGAAGACUGAGGCCAGUGAUUCUAUGAAGACUCUUUCCCCCUGAUUUACUCCUACUGACUGAGUGGAGAUUCCUGUAUCGUGAGUCAAAAACAUGAUUCAAACCCCUGAUUCAGAUACUGUUUCGAAUCUUGACACUAGCCAAUAUUUCUACUGUCUGUGUCUGUCUGUCUAUAUGCCCUUCCUCCCCUUGCAUCCACUCCUGUCCAUCUAUAGUCGUUGGUCUUUCUUUCUUUCUUUCUUUCUUUCUUUCUUUCUUUCUGUCUGUCUGUCUGUCUGUCUGUCUGUCUGUCUGUCUGUCUGUCUGUCUGUCUGUCUGUCUGUCUGUCUGUCUGUCUGUCUGUCGGACAGUCUGACUGUUACUUCAGUCCUCUGUGUUGCAGCCUUGGAGUACCAACUUUUCAAUUCCUACGACAUCCACCAAUAAAAGCCUGAUUUUGGAGAACCUAACAGCAGUUUCAAGAGCGCCAUGUGUUUUCUCUUUCCCCAUCCCUCCUUUCUUCCCCUCUUUCCCCCAUCCCUCCUUUCUUCCCCUCUUUCCCCUUCUCUCCUUUCCCCCUUUCUUAUCAUCUCCCUUCCCUCUUAUCCCUGCUGUCCCCAUCCCUCUCUUCUAAUAUCCCUCCCUUCUUUCUCUCUCUUCUGCAUUCUGCACUCCAUCUGUACCCUGGUGUGUAGGAUCAACAGACAAAUGUGCAUCAUUUUAAAUUGCUAAAAACAUGCGCAUACUACCCCUUUCUCUCUCUUUCGAUUAUCUCUCUCUGUCAUGACUCAUGAUUUAUGUCUUGAUGUUUCCUUAUUUAACGUGUUCAAUGCGAACCUUGUAAUUGCAACGACACCUAAUUAUAUCUUCCAUAACCUUAUUUACAUCGCUUUUAUUUAUUUUCAACAUUGCUGUGUUCAUCUGGUAUUCUGGUUGUACAAUGAGGCCGUGAUUUGCCACAUUGACUGGAAGAGGAACCAGACAAUACUCUCUCUCUCUCUCUCUCUCUCUCUCUCUCUCUCUCUCUUCGCUCUGUCUCUUCAUGAUUAUAGUUUCUUCUAUAAGUCUUCCAGGCAUGCAAGUGACCCGUGAGCUCUGUCUCUCUAUGCAUCCAUGCAUCUUUCCCUCUACGUGCCAUUAUAUAAGAUAGAUCUGACAGAUUGCUAGUAGAUUCAGAACAACUACAGUUAACAGAAGCACUCUGUGCAUGUUUUCUGACUGAUAGCUGGUUCUAUCAAUUGGCUCUGCCAGCACCAUGUAUCUAAAGGGCCCCAAUCUGCAGUGGAGAACUCACCCCAGAGGCACAGAAAUCUCAUUGAAGUUUCUCGUUAAAGUUUCUCACUCAAGUUUUUGGUGAAGUUUCUCGUUUUCAAGUCAGUAGCUUUGAACUUCGCUGCAGGGGUAGUUCAACUGUAAUUUAGAUCUUCACAUCGGUUUUAUUUGAGCUCAUCUUAGUUCAUCAGAAAAUAAAAUCAUAUGGUAUUUUGUGCAGCCCAGCCAGAGCGCCAAUAUUUGUAUUGUAGGUAUUUUAUUAUAGGGAAGAGGAAACUUUAUAGUCUGGGCAUCUACAGUAAUGAUUCUAGAAUAGCAAAUGAUGUCCUUAUAAAAUAUGCAAUGGGUUGUUGCAGAGUGGCUAAAACGUGAGAAACUUACAAUAGGUUUAAUGUGCAGGGUGAAAUGUAGCUUGAGAUAGCAGUCUCUCAACAUAGGAUCUGUGUAUUUCAACUGCUAUCAUUAGCUAGUAUUUUCAAAACUACCAAUGUGGUUUUGACUAAACGUGAAAUAUCCCUUUGUAAAACCUCUGUAAAAGCAGUGAAGUUCAUUCUACCCUUUCUGUUACCCCAAUCUCUCUCUCUCUCUUUCGCUCUCUCUCAUUCUCUCUCUCUUUCUUUAUCUUUCUUACUCCUCCCCUCUCUCACCCCCUUUUCUGUCCCUCCCGCUCCCCCUCCUCAUCCCCCUAUCCCAAUCCUCCCCCUGUCUUCCGCCUCUCCUCCUCUCCCAGUGCGUCGCGUGCCCCCUCGUUUCUCCAUCCUGCCCUCCAACCAUGAGAUCAUGCCCAGCGGCAGCGUCAACAUCACCUGUGUGGCGGUGGGUUCGCCCAUGCCCUACGUCAAAUGGAUGCUGGGUAGUGAGGACCUGACACCUGAGGACGAGAUGCCGGUGGGACGGAACGUUCUGGAGCUCAACGGUAUCAGGGAGUCGGCCAACUACACCUGCGUGGCCAUGAGUAGUCUGGGGAUUAUAGAGGCCACCGCACAGGUGUCAGUUAAGAGUAAGGGACAUCCUUUCACUUUCUAACUGUGCUCUCUCUGUUUCCCCCUCUCUGGCUUCCUUCUCUUCUAUUAAACUAUAUCUGCCCCUAACAGCCAAAUUAAACACAUCUAUUAGAGAAGUGGUAUUCAAACUUUUUCAGUGGGGGACCCCAUUUCUUCCCAAUAUUUUUUUGCGACCCCACCCCAAAUGUAAUGACACAACCUUAAAAUACAGUGGGGAAAAAUGUAUUUAGUCAGCCACCAAUUGUGCAAGUUCUCCCACUUAAAAAGAUGAGAGAGGCCUGUAAUUUUCAUCAUAGGUACAAGUCAACUAUGACAGACAAAUUGAUGGAAAAAAAUCCAGAAAAUCACAUUGUAGGAUUUUUAAUGAAUUUAUUUGCAAAUGAUGGUGGAAAAUAAGUAUUUGGUCACCUACAAACAAGCAAGAUUUCUGGCUCUCACAGACCUGUAACUUCUUCUUUAAGAGGCUCCUCUGUCCUCCACUCAUUACCUGUAUUAAUGGCACCUGUUUGAACUUGUUAUCAGUAUAAAAGACACCUGUCCACAACCUCAAACAGUCACACUCCAAACUCCACUAUGGCCAAGACCAAAGAGCUGUCAAAGGACACCAGAAACAAAAUUGUAGACCUGCACCAGGCUGGGAAGACUGAAUCUGCAAUAGGUAAGCAGCUUGGUUUGAAGAAAUCAACUGUGGGAGCAAUUAUUAGGAAAUGGAAGACAUACAAGACCACUGAUAAUCUCCCUCGAUCUGGGGCUCCACGCAAGUUCUCACCCCAUGGGGUCAAAAUGAUCACAAGAACGGUGAGCAAAAAUCCCAGAACCACACGGGGGGACCUAGUGAAUGACCUGCAGAGAGCUGGGACCAAAGUAACAAAGCCUACCAUCAGUAACACACUACGCCGCCAGGGACUCAAAUCCUGCAGUGUGACGUGUCCCCCUGCUUAAGCCAGUACAUGUCCAGGCCUGUCUGAAGUUUGCUAGAGUGCAUUUGGAUGAUCCAGAAGAGGAUUGGGAGAAUGCCAUAUGGUCAGAUGAAACCAAAAUAUAACUUUUUGGUAAAAACUCAACUUGUCGUGUUUGGAAGACAAAGAAUGCUGAGUUGCAUCAUACCUACUGUGAAGCAUGGGGGUGGAAACAUCAUGCUUUGGGGCUGUUUUUCUGCAAAGGGACCAGGACGACUGAUCCGUGUAAAGGAAAGAAUGAAUGGGGCCAUGUAUCGUGAGAUUUUGAGUGAAAACCUCCUUCCAUCAGCAAGGGCAUUGAAGAUGAAACGUGGCUGGGUCUUUCAGCAUGACAAUGUUCCCAAACACACCGCCCGGGCAACGAACAUCACUGCUCUAGAGGAGAUCUGCAUGGAGGAAUGGGCCAAAAUACCAGCAACAGUGUGUGAAAACCUUGUGAAGACUUACAGAAAACGUUUGACCUGUGUCAUUGCCAACAAAGGGUAUAUAACAAAGUAUUGAGAAACUUUUGUUAUUGACCAAAUACUUAUUUUCCACCAUAAUUUGCAAAUAAAUUCAUUAAAAAUCCUACUAUGUGAUUUUCUGGAAUUUUAUUUCUCAUUUUGUCUGUCAUAGUUGACGUGUACCUAUGAUGAAAAUUACAGGCCUCUCUCAUCUUUUUAAGUGGGAGAACAUGCACAAUUGGUGGCUGACUAAAUACUUUUUUUCCCCACUGUAGGUACAUUACGAUUUUUAGAGUAACAAAUAACCUUAAAUUCAUUGCAUUUUCAUCUCUCAUCAAAAUAAACCAAUAAAUAAAUGUACUCAAUACACGACUUUGAAUACCACUGUAUUAGAGAGUAAGGGCCAUCUAUGAUCUCGCAGGUGUCCGCCAAGAGUAAGGGACACUUUUCUCCCUGUCUGCCUUAAGACAUUAAGGACAGUUAAGAAAAUAUCUCCUUCUCCCGCCAUAGCUCUUCCCAAGCCUCCCGGUACCCCCAUCGUCACAGAGACGACUCCCACCAGUGUCACCAUCACCUGGGACUCCGGUAACCCCGACCCGGUGUCCUAUUACAUCAUCCAGUACCGGGCCAAGGCGCCAGACAGCAAGUACGAGACGGUGGACAGUAUCACCACCACAAGGUACAGCAUUGGAGGGCUCUACCCCAACACAAAGUAUGAGAUCAGGGUGUCGGCCUUCAACAGCAUUGGCCAGGGACCCUCGUCCACCCGGGUGGAGGCCAGGACAGGGGAGCAGGCUCCGGCUAGCCCACCCAGGAACGUCCAGGCCAGGAUCAUCUCCAAGAACACUGUCAUGGUUCGCUGGGAGGAACCGGAGGAGCCCAACGGACAGGUCAGUGUUGAUUUAUUUAAUCAGUUGUUUUGUUAAAGGUCCAAUGCCAUUUUUAUCUCAAUAUCAAAUCAUUUCUGAUUAACAAUGAAGUACCUUACUGUGAUUGUUUUCAAAAAUAAAAAAAUAAAAACAUAAACAAAAAUAGCUUCUUAACAAAGAGCAAUUUUUCAAGCAAGAUUUUUGCUAGGACUGUCUGGGAGUGGGGAGGGUAAAACUGAAAACUAGCUGUUAUUGGCAGAGAGGUGAUGUCACCAGGCAGGCCAAAACCCCAUCCCAGCAAAACAGGCUGACAUUUCAGACAGUCUUUUCAAACAGCUCUUACACUAAAAGGGCAUUAUCAUCAUUUUCACAAUUUCACAGUAUUAUUCCAACCUCAUAGUGUGGAAAUAUAUAUAAAACACAGGAAAAUCUGUUCUUUGACUGCACUGGGCCUUUAAUAAUGUAUUAAUAAUAAUGUACAUUUACAUUACAUUUUAGUUAUUUAGCAGACGCUCUUAUCCAGAGCGACUUACAAUUAGUGAAUACAUAUAUUUUUUUUAUACUGGCCCCCCGUGGGAAUCGAACCCACAACCCUGGCGUUGCAAACGCCAUGCUCUAUCAACUGAGCUACAUCCCUGCCGGCCAUUCCCUCCCCUACCCUGGACGACGCUGGGCCAAUUGUGCGCCGCCCAUGAGUCUCCCGGUCGCGGCCGGCUGCGACAGAGCCUGGAUUCGAACCAGGAUCUCUAGUGGCACAGUUAGCACUGCGAUGCAGUGCCUUAGACCACUGCGCCACUCAGGAGACAUGUACUAAUGUACUACUUGAUUUAUUUAUAAUGUAUUAUGUUAUUAAUCUGUAAAUGUAUGAAUGUAUUAAUUAGAAUGUUAUUAUAAGAAUAAGUGGCCAAAACAGGGAUAAUGCACAAUGAUCAACGUCUCUGACAGAGACAACACUGAGGCGCAAUAGUAACUGAGUUAGUUAGAUAAACAUCUAAUUUUCCUCUGUUGUCCCUAGGCAGUCUAAACAUAAUAAGAUACUUAAUAGUUGCCUGACGACUCACCCUGAAUUUAUUUCCGCUGCUCUAUCGAUCAUCGUGGAGAAGCAAUGUGGAUGGGUAACCAGGCUAUCAUAAUGGAGUCAACGUAAACAACAGUAAUAACAACAAGGCGUGGGGGCGGGGGCAGUGCAUCAUAAAUAGAUCAUAUAAAUAACAAACAUAUUACAGUUUUAAUCAUGGACUAUAGUGAUUAGGCUUUAGGUAAAGAAAGGGUCAUUAUAAAGGUAAUUCAGUUAUUUAAGGAUAACGGUAAUGAUAUUUCAACCUCGAAGUGAAUACAAUGAUUAUCUAGCUCAACGACAUAUAGGUCCAGUCCAGUAUAAUUUGUUCUGGGCAUUAACGUCACAAUAUGUAAUAGCUUCCAAACUCAAACAAGUCUAUAGGACCAGACAAUGAGAGGUUAAUUAUAGAAAACAACAGAAAGGAAUUUCUCACCAUCGUCUGUCUCUCUCUCUCUCUCUGUGGCUCCCCCCUGAUUCCGUUCCUCCGUCCCUCCCUCCAGGUGAAAGGUUACCGUGUGUACUACACCAUGGACCCAUCUCAGCCCAUGAGUCUAUGGCAAAUCCAUAAUGUUCAGGACAGCACCAUCACCACCAUCCAGAGCCUGGUACCCUCUGAGACAUACACUGUCAGAGUCCUGGCCUUUACAUCUGUGGGAGACGGACCCUUCUCUGACCCUGUCCAUGUCAAAGUGCUGCCCGGAGGUCAGUGUGUGUGUGUGUGUGUGUGUGUGUGUGUGUGUGUGUGUGUGUGUGUGUGUGUGUGUGUGUGUGUGUGUGUGUGUGUGUGUGUGUGUGUGUGUGUGUGUGUGUGUGUGUGUGUGUGUGUGUGUGUGUGUGUGUGUGUGUGUGUGUGUGUGUGUGUGUGUGUGGUUGUGCGUCCAUGUGUGUCUGUGGGUUUGUGUCCUUUUCUGACCCGGUUCAUGUCAAAGUCCUUCAGUAUGUUUAAGGUCAGUAACACAAAUCUUGUGUAGAACUACAGGGCUGAGAUGGGAAUUGUCUGUUUAAAUAAAGGAUGAAUAGAACAGUCUAGAAGCUACUAACUGACUGGAUGCUGGAGAGGUGAGGUCUAACUUUUGUCCUGUCUCCUCUUCCAUCCCCUGUAGUUCCAGGGCAGCCAGGGAAGUUCAAAGUGGGCAAGGUGACGGACACCAGUAUAGAGCUGACCUGGGAACCGUCCUACAUCAAGGAGGGCAUCGUCAACUACGAACUGCUCUACAAACCUGUCAAGUUCGGCAGCCUGGUAAGACUUCUUCUUCCAUACUAAGUAGAUUUCAUUAAGAUGAUUACAUCCAUUUAUCAGAUAAUCCAGAGAUACCCAGUUCUCUUUCUUUCUUUCUUUCUUUCUUUCUUUCUUUCUUUCUUUCUUUCUUUCUUUCUUUCUUUCUUUCUUUCUUUCUUUCUUUCUUUCUUUCUUUCUUUCUUUCUUUCUUUCUUUCUUUCUUUCUUUCUUUCUUUCUUUCUUUCUUUCUUUUAUUAAUGCUCUCUCCGUCUCUAACAGGAGAAGUUGACGUUUGGGCCCAGGGCGUCGUACACAGUGGAGGGUCUGAGGGCUAACACGGAGUACUCCUUCUCCCUGGCUGCCAUUUCAAACAAAGGCAUCGGAGCCUUUACCAACGAGCUGGUCCAGAGGACAGCACAAGCCAGUACGUUUCCCUCUGUCACAGCUGCAAACACACACUGUGUAACGUUACAGUGUACUGUACUUGUAUCCCUCACAGCUCACUGAUCCCUGGGAGUCGUCUACACACUCAUCUAUCUUGUCCACUCAUCUAUUCAUUUCUCUUGUUCACUCAUCCAUCCAUCCCUGCAUCCAUCUUCUCUGUAUUUAGAGUGUCCCUGAUGUCCAGCCCACCAACAGUUUAUUUUUACUUUCACCGUUUUCUCACACAGUGAAAAGUCCUGGAUAUACGGAUCGGAUAAGGACGCUGUAUUCUGUUUUUCCAUCUUGUUUCACUUUCUUCAGUCCUUCACAGGUUCCUUUACUUCAAAGUGGGUCAAAGUGCCCUUUUUCUCCAGUUCAAGAAGCUCACUGUCACAGGUCAAAUGUCAUCAGGAUUCAAUUAUUUUCAAGGCUUUAUUUGAGGUAUGUGCUGGUCAGUUGGAGUCUAAGACCAAAUCAAACUAAUAGGCUUUUAUCCAGCGGGGACUGCCGUAAAGGUACAGUAUUACUUUUUAAUAUUUUUACCUGGAAAAAAUUGACAUAGGACUUACAGGUAAAUAAAGGAAACACUUGAGUAAAUGAGGGAUACAAAGUAUAUUGAAAGCAGGUGCUUCCACACAGGUAUCCUGAGUUAAUUAAGCAAUUAACAUCCCAUCAUGGUUAGGCUCAUGUAUAGAAAUGCUGGGCAGGCCAUUAUUGUAGACACUAUUUUGGCUACCAUGCCUAUGCCCCCAUAGGAUGACAAUGCCCCCAUCCAAAGGGAAUGGGUGGUCACUGAAUGGUUUGAUGAGCAUGAAAACGAUUUAAACCAUAUGCCAUGGCCGUCUCAGUCACCAGAGCGCAAUCCAACUGAACACUUAUGGGAGAUUCUGGAGCGGCGCUUGAGAUAGCGUUUUCCACCAUCAUCAACAAAACACCAAAUUAUGGAAUUUCUCGUGGAAUAAUGGUGUCGCAUUCAUCUAAUAGUUCCAAACAAUUGUAGAACCUAUACCAAGGUGCAUUGAAGCUUUUCUGGAUCGUGGUGGCCCAACGCUCUAUUAAGACGCUUUAGGUUGGUGUUUCCUUUAUUUUGGCAGUUACCUGUACAUUCACCAACAGAAACUUUCGGUAACUUUUAACAUGUUAUUUGGCUAUCUGGAUGCCCCUUGUCAUGCUUGACCUAAACACUUGGGUGGCAGGCUGGGGAGUGACUGAAUGUGGCAGAUAAGAAUUUCAGUUCAUGGAGCAGAAUGCAUUUUCACAGUUAGCUUAGCACGGUUAGCGUGCUAUCGCUAGGCUUGGGUGCACAUCGUGAUUGAUCCCCCAGGCCACUGGUACUGGUACUGUGCAGUUGAAGUGUCAGACUGUCAGACUCACAAAUCCAUGAAUGAUGAACAUAUUCCUGCACAUACUGUAUCUUUACCUCAUUUUGGAUGAAUGGUGGUUGUUGCAUGGUAAGAAGGUGCUAUGUGAUGUCUAUGGGUGGGAAGGACAGGUACGCAUCUCAGACAGUGCCUGGUUGUGUCUCUUAUCCUUGCUGUUCAUCUGUCCCUCUGUCCAAUGCCUUUUCUCUCAUUCUAUCUACUAGUUCCUUUGAAAUUGCAUGAGGUCAACGUUCAUGAAAGUAUUUGGUUUUGGUUUUAGUUUCAGCUUCCUCAAAUCCUGCUAUAUGAUAUUUGAAAUAUCCAAUCCCUAAACCCAAUUUUAAGGAAUUAGAUUGGGCAGUUUAACCUUUUACUGUGGUGGGUUAAAUCAGAGUCACACAGAGUGAUUAUUGGUCGUCUUAAACAAAUCUACUUUGAAAAAAAGGAUACACCUCACACACAUGGUUAUGGGCUUAAACAAAAGACACCUGUACCAUGUCAGAUAUAGAGUUGAAAUGUAUUACAUUUUGAGUUGCAAGCAAAACAUUUUAGAGGCCCCCCUCUUGACAGUGGAGAGAGAAUUUUUUGUAUAUACAGUAUAUAUAUAUUUGUUUCUACUGGGUUUCUUUUGUCUUUGGAAAUGUAUCCGCAGGCAGUUGUCCAUUCCUGAUCUACAGUAUAGCUCUGUUCUUAUCCAGCCAAGCAAAACUAAGCAGAGCUGUGUAUCUCAGCCUGUAGAGGAUGUCUUAAGUGCCCUCUUCCCAGUCAUAAAUCACUGUGCUGCCAUUGGUCAGAGCAGACAGGUGAAAGCCAAUCAUCUGGUAUCAGUUACACAUCCUCCUGGGCAGUAAUUAAGUUGUCCUUUAUCUCAUUACCUAGCUAACAUGAUUAAUUCCCUUCUUCCUCCAUAAAGCUUUGUCUUCUGUGUUUAAGCCGUUGUCUUCUGUGUUGAAGCCGUUGUCUUCUGUGUUGAAGCCCUCGUCUUCUGUGUUGAAGCCCUCGUCUUCUGUGUUGAAGCCGUUGUCUUCUGUGUUGAAGCCCUUGUCUUCUGUGUUGAAGCCCUUGUCUUCUGUGUUGAAGACGUUGUCUUCUGUGUUGAAGCCGAUGUCUUCUGUGUUGAAGCCCUUGUCUUCUGUGUUGAAGCCCUUGUCUUAUGUGUUGAAGCCCUUGUCUUUUGUGUUGAAGACGUUGUCUUCUGUGUUGAAGACGUUCUCUUCUGUAUUGAAGCCCUUGUCUUCUGUGUUGAAGCCCUUGUCUUCUGUGUUGAAGUGGUUGUCUUCUGUGUUGAAGCCCUCGUCUUCUGUGUUGAGGACGUUGUCUUCUGUGUUGAAACCCUUGUCUUCUGUGUUGAAGCCCUUGUCUUCUGUGUUGAAGACCUUGUCUUCUGUGUUGAAGACAUUGUCUUCUGUGUUGAAGCCGUUGUCUUCUGUGUUGAAGCCCUUGUCUUCUGUGUUGAAGAGGUUGUCUUCUGUGUUGAAGCCCUUGUAUUCUGUGUUGAAGACGUUGUCUUCUGUGUUGAAGCCCUUGUCUUCUGUGUUGAAGCCCUUGUCUUCUGUGUUGAAGCCCUUGUCUUCUGUGUUGAAGCACUUGUCUUCUGUGUUGAAGCACUUGUCUUCUGUGUUGAAGCCGUUGUCUUCUGUGUUGAAGCCCUCGUCUUCUGUGUUGAAGCCCUUGUCUUCUGUGUUGAAGACGUUGUCUUCUGUGUUGAAACCCUGUCUUCUGUGUUGAAGCCCUUGUCUUCUGUGUUGAAGCCCUUGUCUUCUGUGUUGAAGACGUUGUCUUCUGUGUUGAAGACGUUGGCCUCCAAUUCUCCCCAGAGCAGGGGCAGGCAGUGGUGGAGGGGCUAGAAAAGUGGACCUGGUACCGCGUUAGCCUGGCAGCCUUCACUACAUUUACAUUACAUUUUAGUCAUUUAGCAGACGCUCUUAUCCAGAGACCAGAGAGCCCGGCGCUGCUCUGCCACACGGACAACGAUGAUGAGUGUGUGUGGUGUCAGAGAGAUAUCAAACAAGCUUGAGACGAGAAUGUUUGAAUGGCUGAAGUAUUAGUUUUGCUGAUCGAUGUAUUGAUUGAGAAAUUAGACAUUGUGUGUAUGUGUGUGUUCCUCAGUCCCGGGUGCGGCCCCUCGGCAGGUGGAGGUCCAGCCCUUUAACUCCACUGCCGUUAGGGUCACCUGGCGAUCUGUGUUGCCAAGGCAACGCCAAGGUCAGAUCCGUGGUUACCAGGUGCACUAUGCUUGUGUGGAGAGUGGCUCAUCACGCAGCCUUCCCAGAAUCAAAGACCUGCUAUUGGACAACAGCCAGGUGAGGUCAUCACCUUCUUAUUUUUCUUACUUACAUUUUUCGUAAAAAAAUUAUUUCAUUUGAAUAUCUUCUCAACAGUCAUGUACAUAUGUACUUACAAAGAUAACAUACAUAUUUGCCAGCUAUUACACCUCUGCAGGUUAUUGUUCAGCUAAAGUGAAGCAAAUAAUGUAUCUCACUGAGUCUUUGCAGUAUGCAUCACCUCCCACCAAUGUUCCCUCUAAGCUACGCGCAUAUACAGGCAUGCCGCUCCCCCGGGACUGCCAGACCAGAAGCAAUAUCAGGCCAAGCACAAGAUUGAACUUCACUCAACUUUCUAGAGUUUUCCCCUUUAGUUAACACUAUCAACGUUUCCCUUUACUGUGGGAAUUGUGAUCGAAUCAACGCAAUAUUAGCCACUUUCAAUGCAACAGACCUAAACAAAACGAACUAUGCAAGACUUAGUAUGCAAAAUUAACUAUGCAAGAUAUUUUGUUGUAGGCAGAGUGCAUCGGAGUAGGAUUCUAUUGCAUUGACAGGCACGACUCAGACCGGUGCUCCAUAACCAAUCAGAGCUGCAGUAGGCCUAUAUGCAAAUACAUCAUUGCCAUAUAUGGAUUUGUGCCAUUAACUUUGAACUGGACUGUUUUACAGCAUGAGCGGUCGUGAUUAUUAUGUGCUUGUUUUGAGAUCAAAGCGAGAGAGAGCUGCAUGUAGCCACGUGUGCACAUUUGUUCAUAUUCUUUGCUAGUUAGUGAGUUAUUAGCCCAGUUAUAGCUAAUUUACAGUCAGAAAUGUGAGAGUGAUUGCUUCCUACAAGAGCGCAAAACGUGAACAUUUCUAGCCAUCUUUGAAAAGUGAGUCAGGUAAAGAGCUUAAAGGGGCAGUGUUGUAUUUUGAGACAGGCUUGAAUAAGCUAAGAAGCCAAUAGGCAGAGGGUAGCAUAAUUUGUCUGAUUCUCUGUAAUAAUGGUAUGGGGAAUAAUAAUGCAUUUUGUUUUGUAAAGUGGUUUCUUGCAUCAAACAACACUUUUAAGAAAUCAGUCACCUCCUUGUCUGAAGGACAAGUGGAUAAGCAGGAUAAUGUUAAGCACUGCAUGUUUUUUUUCUAAAGUCUCAUGGAAUGUAGGCCUACAUUGAACGCCACACAUUGGCUGCUACUGUAAGCUGAAUGAUAGAACUGCUAUUUCCAUGUUAACAUUUUAUGUGAUGUAUUUUCUCCAUAGUUUUUUAUGGUAAGCCACUACAGUUUGGGCUGAAGAAUGCAACUCUGGACACUGCGGUGGCGUUUUCGGCCAGGGAGCGAACAUACACACUCACAGACGUAAUGCCAGGGUUGACCUAUGUCGUUAUGGAGAACACUCUCACACACCCGUAGGUAAAAGUCAGUAGAAAAGCCAGACAGGUCGUGAACUGUGAGGUAAGUGUUGAGUCUGGGCUCCUUGGCUGACUGAACGAGGCUUUAGUUUAAUACACAUGGUUUGUUGCUAAAGGUAAGCUUUUAACUCCUUUUGGAUAAACCUAACCUGUUCCAACCUUUGUUGACAUGCUGUUAACGUGUUUUGUAGCCUGUACACUGCCCAAUAGGCACUUAACCACUAACUACACACAUUCUUCAGUUCUGUUGCUCUCCCUCCACUCUUCACUCUGAUCAAUCAAUCCACAUCUUCACCUCCUGCUGCUCUUCCUCCAAUCCUUCAUCUGCAGUUCCCACUACCACCAGAUCAGAUGAGUCUAAAGACCUGCUCCUACCCUCCAUCACUCACACAGACACCCACUAACAGUUCUACAGGGUGGAAGCGGAGGAGUGGAGAGGUUGAAUGGCACAGUGCAGUCUAAAGAUGACCCUGCUUUGACUGUGUCUACAUGUAUCUUACAGGACUGUUAUGUCUGUCUAACAUCCCUUCAUGCCCUUCACAGCGACCCAAUAACUCCUUGAGAAGAGAGUUGUUUGGCAGUUACAUAUUGUGUGUGUUCUGUUCCGGAAAUCUACCGGAGCAAAUUAGGCUAGAACGAGAUAAAGUAGGAUUACACAGAUUAUGUCAUCAUAAAGAGGAGGAAGUACAGGGCACAAAGGAGCCAACUGUUCCUAUCUCUUCUAUUCUUAUCUACUCUUAUUUGAUACCCAGUGUCCAUAUACAUACUUCCUGAAGAAUCUUGAGAUGAAUGACAUCACUGUAUAAUUCUUCUUCAUCUUAUUUUAGGAAUUAGGAUCCUUUGUUAUAGAACCCACUAGAAUGGGUUGGUAGCUUCUCCACAAAUGGUUAAGGACAGACGAGACAUGUGAAUGGGGUGGUCUAUACCUCCACUGACCAUUUUUCUGUUUUCCGUCUUCCAAUCAGAUGUCCCGAGGAACUUCUCAGUGAACCUGGCGACCAAGACGAGUGUUCUCCUGACCUGGGAGUUCCCUGAGAGCCCCUACCCCUACCAUUUCACUGUGAGUGUUUGUGUGUGUGAGUGCGUGCGUGUGUGUGUUUGUGCGUGUGUGUGUUUGUGCGUGUGUGUGUGUGUGCGUGCGUGCGUGCGUGUGUGUGUGUGUGUGUGUGUGUGUGUGUGUGUGUGUGUGUGUGUGUGUGUGUGUGUGUGUGUGUGUGUGUGAGUGUGUAUGUGUGAGUGUGUAAACACCUGUGUGUGUGCAUAUGCAUACGUUUCAAGUUUUAAUGUCAAUUGCACAAGUAAAGUGAAAUGCCUUUCUAGCAAGCUCUAAACCCAACAAUGCAAUAAUCAAUAUCAAUGUAGUAUUCAAAAUAAAAAAACACACGAGAAAUAAAAAAGAAAUAAGAACAGUAGAAAUAAUUUAUAUACAGGGUCAGUUCCAAUAUAUGUACAAUGUGCAGGGAUACUGGAGUGAUAGAGGUAGAUAUGUAUAAGAGUAAGAUGACUAGGCAUCAGGAUAUAUGAUAAACUGUGUAGCAGCAGUGUGUGUGUGUGUUUGUGUGUAGAGUCAGUAUAAAUGUGUGUGCAUGUUAUGUGUGUGGGAGCAAAUGAAGUGAGUGUGUGUAUGAGUGUGUGUGUUGGAGUGUGUGUGUUGGAGUGCCAGUGUGCGUGAAUGUAUAGAGUCCUGUGAGUGUGCAUAGAGAAAGUGCAAAAAUACAAAUAAAAUACAAGGAUCAACUUAGAGUCUGUGUAUCCAUUUUGUUAGCUAUUUAGCAGUCUUAUGGCUUGGGGAGCUGUUCAGGAGCCUGUUACUGUCAGACUUGAUGCACCGGGACUGCUUGCUGUGUGGAAGCAGUGACAACAGUCUAUGGCUUGGGUGGCUGGAGUCUUUAACGAUUUUCCGGGCCUGAUAUAGAGGUCAUGGAUGGCAGGGAGCUCGGCCCGAGUGAUGUACUGGGCUGUCCGCACCACCCUCUGUAGCACCAUGCGAUCGAGGGUGGUGCUGUUGCCAUACCAAGCAGUGAUGCAGACAGUCAAUAUGCUUUCAAUGGUGCAGCUGUAGAACUUUGAGGAUUUGAGGGCCCAUGCCAAACCUUUUCAACCUCCUGAGGGGGAAGAGGCGCUGUCGCACCUUCUUCACGACUGUGCGCAUGUGUGUGGACCAUUUUAAGUCCUUAGUGAUUUGGACACCGAGGAACUUGAAGCUCUCAACCUGUUCCACUGCAGCCCUGUCGAUGUGGAUGGGGGCGUGCUCUGAGAACGCGGCCCGGAAUACCGUCCGGCCCCGCAGCCUUGCGAGUGUUGACCUGACUAAAGACCUUACUCAUGUCAGCCUCGGAAAGCGAGAUCACUGAGUCCUCUCGGUCGGUGGAGGCCCUCACGCACGGCAUGGUUUGUUAUUGUCGAAGCGUGCAUAAAAUGCAUUGAGUUCGUCUGGUAGAUAGGCAUCAUGGAUAGAUCAUGGCUGGGUCUUCCUUUGUAAUCCGUAAUGGACUGUAGCCCCUGCCACGUGGCGGUGGAGGCCCUCACGCACGGCAUGGUUUGUUAUUGUCGAAGCGUGCAUAAAAUGCAUUGAGUUCGUCUGGUAGAUAGGCAUCAUGGAUAGAUCAUGGCUGGGUCUUCCUUUGUAAUCCGUAAUGGACUGUAGCCCCUGCCACGUGGCGGGCGUCGUAGCCUGUGUAAUAUGAUUCCACCUUAUUCCUAUAUUGUCCUUUUGCACGUUUGAUGACUCUGCGGAUUUUGUGGCGGGACCUCUUGUACUUGUUCUUGUCCUCAGCCGUAGCCUCAGGGUUGUUCAUCCAGGGCUUUUGAUUGGGGAAGCAGCGAACGUUUAUGGUGGGGACAACGUCGCCGAUGCAUUUCCUAAUGUAGCCGGUGAUGGAGGUGGUUAGCUCGUUGGAUAGCCAUUGGGUGUAUCUUGUCCAAAAGCCAUGUUUCGGAAAAGCAGAGAAUAUUGUAGUCAAGAGAGUCCUGUUGGUAGCAAAUCCACAAUCGGAUGUCAUCCGUCUUAUUAUCAAGUGACUGUACAUUAGCCAGUAGAAUGGAGGGAAGAGGUGGCAGGUUUUCCCUUCGCCUUAAUCUCGCCAGGACUCCCCCUCUUUUGCCUCUGUAAUGCCGGCGUUUCCUCUUGCAUACCUCGAAAAUUGGGUCAGAAUUACAGAAAGAGCCCAGGGCAGAUGAGUCGAAGUUGAAGUAGAAGCUGGAAUUUGGGGUAAGUAACUGCCGAUCUGAUGUUCAAGAGUUAUUGUCGGUUGUAAGAAAUAAUAGCGGAUACAUUUAGGGAAAAUAAAGUAAAAAUAAACGGCUAAAGAAUCACAAAAUAGCAAAGUUGGGUAGGAGCUCGCAAAAUGGCGACCAUACAGUACGGCACCAUCUUAUUAUGUGUGUAUAUAUGUGAUCUUAACCGUAAGAAAUACCCUCCCCUAUCCUAUUCCUUCCAGGUGGAGUAUAACCGCCAGAAGAUGGAGGUGGAUGCCAGGCUGAGGAAAGCAGUGAUCCCCAACCUGCAGCCAGAUACCGACUAUGACUUCAAGAUCACCUCUGCUGAGGGCAACAUGGGCGGGCUGAGGCACCGCAUCUACGCCAAGACCUCUCCACCAAUUGCCAUCCGCCGUCCGGAGAUUGACCACACCCGUGACACGGAGACCACCAUCACCAUCAUCCUGCCCUCGCUGGAGAACCGCAGCCCUGUCAAGUAAGGGCUAGCCACAGGGUUGCUUUCUGAUUAUUUUAAUGGGCAUACGGUUGCAUUCCAACAACAUUAAUGCGUUAUACAGUAGUAAACUGCCACAGAAAAGUUGUAAUUAAAUGCCAUGACAAUCUGGUUGUUCCUCUGUCCUGUAGGAACCUGUAUGUGGUGGUAGUUCCUCUGAGGAGGGCGAGGGGGGUCAUUAGACAUCUCAAGAGCCCAGACGAGAUGGACCUGGAAGAGGUGAGAGCUAAGGCAAACCAUCUGGGAACACAUGAACUGGCUGGUCCUCUCUCUGAGAACAUUUUACAUUUUAGUCAUUUAGCAGACGCUCUUAUCCAGAGCGACUUACAGGAGCAAUUAGGGUUAAGUGCCUUGCUCAAGGGCACAUCGACAGAUUUUUCACCUAGUCGGCUCGGGGAUUAGAACCAGCGACCUUUCGGUUACUGGCACAACGCUCUUAACCACUAAGCUACCAGCCGCCAGAACCUUUGCUCUUUUAGAUUUUCUCAUGUGGUUUCUUAAUGUUUACAUAAAAAAACGCAUCAGUAACAUCCCCUCUCUCUCUUUCUCUGUCAAAUGCAAUGGAAAGGGAAUUGAAAUUCGUGGAAUUCUGCGCGCUCUCGAGCCUGCUCCGCUCUUGCUCUCUCUCUCUCUCUCUCGGCUCCCCGCGGCGCGCGCCGCGCUCUCUCGCUAUCUCUCGCUCUCUCUCUCCUCGUAGUCUAUGCUCAUCUCCCGCCUCUCUCGGGCCGCGAGAGCUCUCAUCGCCGCGAGAGCACAUCUAUCUCCGCCAGCCGCUGAGUCCUCUCCCUCCUCAUCUCCUGAUCUCGCCCCUCUCUUACUCUCUUCGAGGUCCCUCUCUCCCCGCUCUGUCUGCCCUCGCUCGACAGUCUCGCGCGACCCCCCCCUCCCCCCUCCCUCUCUCGCUCUCCUCCCCCUCCUCGCCUCUCGUCCACUCCUGGCGAUCCUCUCCCUCCUCUCCCCCCGCUCCUCCCCUCCCGUCUCCUGCUCUCUCUCCACGCUCUUUCUCCCCUCGCCCCUCCCACCCCCUCUCUGCUCUCAAUCUCUCUCCCUCCUCUCUCUCAUCUCUCUCCCCACUCUCAUCUCGUUGUCUCCCUCUUCAUCUCUCGUCCCUCUCUCUCCACUUCUCUCUCCAUCUCUCUCCCUCUCUAUCUCCCUCUCUCCAUCUCUCUGUCUCCCUCUCGCUCCAUCUCUCUGUCUCCCACUCUCUCCAUCUCUCUGUCUCCCAGUUGUUGAAGGACAGCAGUCAGAGACAGCAGAAACAGGCAGACUUGCGCAGAGCCUACAUCUCGGCCCUCUUCACCCCUGCUACUCUGCCCGCCUUUUUCACUCUGGGGGACCAGCUGGACUACGGAGGCUUCGAGAACCGCGCUCUAGAACCGGGACAGGAGUAUGUGUUCUUCAUCCUGGCGGAACUCAAUGGCACAACAGUGGUACGGGCCAAUCCAAUUAUGUUUCUUUUUGUGUGAUUGUGUAUACACUCUUAGAAAAAAAGGUGCUAUCUAGAACCUAAAAGGGUUCUUUGGCUCUCCCCAUAGGAGAACCCUUUGAAGAACCCUUUUUGGUACCAGGUAGAACCCUAUUGGGUUCCAUGUAGAAUCCUAGGGGACAGCCGAAGAACCCUUUUGGAACCCUUUUUUCUAAGAGUUUAUGUAUUGUAGGACAGUGUGUAUCCCUCUCACGUAGUCUUUUCUCUCAUUCUCAAGAGACGUUGCAAUAAGACAAUAAAAUACAUAUCAGUCAACAACUGUAUAAUGAAAAUAAGGUUAAUUUCCCCUGGCUAGCCCUUACUGUGCUCUGUGUUUGUGUAUUGUAGAAGAUGUAUGCGGACAGUCCGUACACAGACCCAGUGAUCGCUCCGGACUCUGACCCCCAGCCGCUGGAUGCGGGGGAUGGUCUGAUCUGGGUGGUGGGACCCGUCCUGGCUGUAGUCUUCAUCAUCUGCAUCGUCAUCGCCAUCCUGCUCUACAAGAAGUGAGUGAGACCCGGGGAGGGAGCACUGAACUUACACAGGGAUUUUAUAGCUAACACACUAUAAUAAGCUUACAUGAUAAUGUUAUAAAUAGCUAACAUGCUAUAAGUAGCUAACAUGCUAACACGCUAUAACCAGCUUACAUGCUAAUAUUAUAACUAGCUAACAUGCUACAAGUAGCUAACAUGCUAACAUGGUAUAACCACCUUCAUGCUAAUGUUAUAACUAGCUAACAUAUUAACAUGCUAUAACUAACUAACAUGCUAGCAUGCUCAGCACAUACGGUGCUAGCCCACUAUAACCAUUGAAAUGUAGCUACCUCAGCUUACACAGUAUACUGGCAUAACAGGCAAAGAUACAAUAUCCAGCAUUGUAAGGAAUGACUGCUAGCCUGACCCAGCCGAAGAGAUGUGUCAGCCACAGAAAGCCGGCCAUUUUGAAUACAAAUGUAUCAUAUUGAUUUUUCUCUCUGUCACUCCCUCUGUCCGUCUCCUCUCCUCCUUUCAUUAUUAAUUCCCUCACUUGCUCCUGUUUCGGAAGCAGCAAGCCAGACAGGUGAGUGUCGGCCAUACUAAUUAGUUGUCUUAUUGUAUUAGUGACAUGUCUUGAUCUCAAAGGACAGAUGGUGCGGUGCAAAUUCUAAUGCCUAAUUGGCAGUGCAGCAAUUUAUAGAAAUGAUGCAGUAUAAUAAAUGUGUAACUUGUGUUCAUUGAGCAAAUAGAUUGUGAUGAAUACUGUUAGACAUUCAUGAACUCUAACCUCUCUACUCUCUCUGGUGUGUCUCUUGUCUGGUGCCCCCCCCCCCCCCCCCCCCCCCCCCCCCCCCCCCCCGUUGUUUCCGUCUCCCUGGUCCCUGAGCAGUAAGAGGAAGGACUCUGAGCCAGGCACCAAGAGCCUUCUGGGUAAUGCUGAGAUGAUGGCCCACCACCCCACAGACCCCGUUGAGAUGAGACGCAUCAACUUCCAGACCCCUGGUAUGCAUUCAUACACUCACACACACAUUCUUCGAUAGCACAUUCUUUCUUGAAAAAAGACAGAAAUGUUUCUGAAUUUAUAUGGUGGGAAAAACCCUUUUUACAUCAGCAGUUGUCACAAAGUGCUUAUACAGAAACCCAUCCUAAAACCACAAAGACCCCAAAGAGCAAGCAAUGCAGAUGUAGAAGCACAGUGGCUAGGAAAAAGUCCCUAGAAAGGCAGGAACCUAGGAAGAAACCAGGAACCAGGUUCUGAGGGGUGGCCAGUCCUCUUCUGGCUGUGCCGGGUGGAGAUUAUAAGAGUACAUGGCCAUUAAAACCAGCAAGGUAAAAUAAUAAUCACAGUGGCUUUUCAUAGCCUGAGCAUUCAGAGGUAGAGAGAGGUAGAGAGAGGUAGAGAGAGAGAGAGAGAGAUCACAUCAGUGACUCAACCCACUCAAGUCGAGUAUAGCAAAAAAAGCCUGGCAUGACGUGAUGCACCCCUCAUAGGGACGUAGUGGGAGAGCGUGAGCAAGCCAGUGACUCAGCCCCUGUAAUAGGGUCAGAGGCAGAGAAUCCCAGUGGAGAGAGGGGAGCAGACCAGGCAGAGACAGCAAGGGCGGUUCGCCACUCCAGUGCCUUGCCGUUCACCUUCACACCCUUGCACCAGACUACACUCAAUCAUAGGACCUACUGAAGAGAUGAGUCUUCAGUAAAGACUUAAAAGUUGAGACCGAGUCUGCGUCUCUCACAUCGACCAUUCCAUAAAAAUGUAGCUCUAUAGGAGAAAGCCCUGCCUCCAGCUGUUUGCUUAGAAAUUCUAGGAACAAUAAGGAGGCCUGCGUCUUUGUCACGCCCUGGCCUACAGAACUCUAGCUAGUUUGGUCAGGGUGUGAAUAUUCUAGGUUUGUAUUUCUAUGUUUGGCCGGGUGUGGUUCCCAAUCAGAGGCAGCUGUCGCUCGUUGUCUCUGAUUGGGGAUCAUACUUAGGCAGCCAGUUUUCCUGCCUGUGUUGUGGGAUCUUGUUGUGUUCCUGUUUAGGCUUGUGUGUUAGCCCUUUGGACCGUCACGGUUAAGUUUGUUAUUUUGGUUACUGUGUCGUGUGUUUAUUAGUUAAUAAACAUGUACGCCUUUCACGCUGCACCUUGGUCCGACCCAUCUCUUAACGUACGUGACAGUCUUGUGACCGUAGCGUACGUGUAGGUAUGUACAGCAGGACCAAAUCGGAAAGAUAGUUAGGAGCAAGUCCAUGUAAUGCUUUGUAGGUUAACAAUAAAACCUUGAAAUCAGCCCUAGAUUUAACAGGAAGCACUGGAGUAAUAUGAUCGAAUUUUGGGGUUUUAGUCAAGAUUCUAGCAGCUGUAUUUAGCACUAGCUGAAGUUUAUUUAGUGCCUUUUAUUGUAGCCGGAGAGUAGAGCAUUGCAGUAGUCUAAUCUUUAAGUGACAAAAGCAUGGAUUAGCUUUUCUGGAUCGUUUUCUGACAAGAAGGUUCUGAUUUUUGCAACGUUAUGAAGAUGGAAAAAGCUGCUCUUUAAAUAUUUUUUAUAUGUUCGUCAAAGACAGAUCAGGGUCCAAAGGAACGCCAAGGUCCUUCACAGUUUUGUUUGUGAUGACUGUACAACCAUCGAGAUUCAUUGUCAGAUCCGACAGCAGAUCUCUUUGUUUCUUGGGACCUAGAACUAGCAUCUCUGUUUUGUCAGAGCUUUAAAGUUUAAAAAAAUCUGCCAUCCACUUCCUUAUGUCUGAAACACAGGCUUCCAUGGUAAGCAAUUUUGCGACUUCACCAUGUUUCAUUGAAAUAUACAGCUGUGUGUCGUCUGCAUAGCAGUGAAAGUUGACAUUGUUUCUGAAUGACAUCACCAAUAGUUAAUAUACAGUACCAGUCAAAAGUUUGGACACACCUACUCAUUCCAGGGUUUUUCUUUAUUUUUGCUAUUUUCUACAUUGCCAAGAGUGUGCAAAGCUGUCAUCAAGGCAAAGGGUGGCUACUUUGAAUAAUCUAAAAUAAAUGUUUUUAUUUGUUUAACACUUUUUUGGUUACUACAUGAUUCCAUAUGUGUUAUUUCAUAGUUUUGAUGUCUUCACUAUUAUUCUACAAUGUAGAAAAUAGUAAAAAUAAAGAAUAACCCUUGAAUGAGUAGGUGUGUGUGUCCCAACAUUUUGACUGGUACUGUAUAUAUAGUGAGAACAAUGGUGGUCCUAGAACGGAACCUUAAGGAAUACCAAAACUUACCAUUGAUUUGUCAGAUGACAAACCAUCCACAGAGACGAACUGAUAUCUUUCAGACAGAUAAGAUCUAAACCAGGGAAGAACUUGUCCGCAUAGACCAAUUAGGGCAAUAAAGAACAAAGUAAGUGAAUUUCGAGUGUAGAAAGUUACCACAGCAAACACACCAAACAGGGUCAGGUUUUAUAAUAAUCUAAAGCUUCCACCAAGGUUUCAUUUCCUAAGAGAUCAAAAUGGCUGUCCUCCAGGUUAGUACACUUAGAUGAGUCAUAACUGGGUGACGGGCGGCACAGCACGGCCCAAACCCUGUAACCGUCUGUGUCUGCCUGCCCACAGUCCACCUGGCAGGCUCUAGAUAGCCAUGCCAGAGAGGACGGAGGUGUCAACACAGUCAGAACUCAAAACAAGUCCAUAACCUAUUAGUUCUUCAAAAGAUUAAAGGUGAGAGUUAAAGUUACAGUUAGCUAAUAGAAUCAUAUUUCUGGAUAGAAAACGUGGUACAUUUAUUACGUUCUUCCCUGCAUGGCCAGACAGAGCUGAGCUGACCCACUCUGCCUCCACACCCUCUGUGAGUCCCACCUCCAGCUGCUCUGGUGUUAAAUCCCAUGGCUACGCCUCCACCACUUCGUGCAACCCUGUGUGUUACAAGGAACUGCCCCCUCCCCACAGAAGGAACUGUGUAAUAUAUAUAUAUAUAUGUAAAAUAUAUACAGUGGGGGAAAAAAGUAUUUAGUCAGCCACCAAUUGUGCAAGUUCUCCCACUUAAAAAGAUGAGAGAGGCCUGUCAUUUUCAUCAUAGGUACACGUCAACUAUGACAGACAAAAUGAGGAAAAAAAAUCCAGAAAAUCACAUUGUAGGAUUUUUAAUGAAUUUAUUUGCAAAUGAUGGUGGAAAAUAAGUAUUUGGUCACCUACAAACAAGCAAGAUUUCUGGCUCUCACAGACCUGUAACUUCUUCUUUAAGAGGCUCCUCUGUCCUCCACUCGUUACCUGUAUUAAUGGCACCUGUUUGAACUUGUUAUCAGUAUAAAAGACACCUGUCCACAACCUCAAACAGUCACACUCCAAACUCCACUAUGGCCAAGACCAAAGAGCUGUCAAAGGACACCAGAAACAAAAUUGUAGACCUGCACCAGGCUGGGAAGACUGAAUCUGCAAUAGGUAAGCAGCUUGGUUUCAAGAAAUCAACUGUGGGAGCAAUUAUUAGGAAAUGGAAGACAUACAAGACCACUGAUAAUCUCCCUCGAUCUGGGGCUCCACGCAAGAUCUCACCCCGUGGGGUCAAAAUGAUCACAAGAACGGUGAGCUAAAAUCACAGAACCACACGGGGGGACCUAGUGAAUGACCUGCAGAGAGCUGGGACCAAAGUAACAAAGCCUACCAUCAGUAACACACUACGCCGCCAGGGACUCAAAUCCUGCAGUGCCAGCCGUGUCUCCCUGCUUAAGCCAGUACUUGUUCAGGCCCGUCUGAAGUUUGCUAGAGUGCAUUUAGAUGAUCCAGAAGAGGAUUGGGAGAAUGUCAUAUGGUCAGAUGAAGCCAAAAUAUAACUUUUUGGUAAAAACUCAACUCGUCGUGUUUGGAGGACAAAGAAUGCUGAGUUGCAUCCAAAGAACACCAUACCUACUGUGAAGCAUGGGGGUGGAAACAUCAUGCUUUGGGGCUGUUUUUCUGCAAAGGGACCAGGACGACUGAUCCGUGUAAAGGAAAGAAUGAAUGGGGCCAUGUAUCGUGAGAUUUUGAGUGAAAACCUCCUUCCAUCCGCAAGGGCAUUGAAGAUGAAACAUGGCUGGGUCUUUCAGCAUGACAAUGAUCCCAAACACACCGCCCGGGCAACGAAGGAGUGGCUUCGUAAGAAGCAUUUCAAGGUCCUGGAGUGGCCUAGCCAGUCUUCAGAUCUCAACCACAUAGAAAAUCUUUGGAGGGAGUUGAAAGUCUGUGUUGCCCAGCGACAGCCCCAAAACAUCACUGCUCUAGAGGAGAUCUGCAUGGAGGAAUGGGCCAAAAUACCAGCAACAGUGUGUGAAAACCUUGUGAAGACUUACAGAAAACGUUUGACCUGUGUCAUUGCCAACAAAGGGUAUAUAACAAAGUAUUGAGAAACUUUUGUUAUUGACCAAAUACUUAUUUUCCACCAUAAUUUGCAAAUAAAUUCAUUAAAAAUCCUACAAUGUGAUUUUCUGGAAAAAGAAUUCUCAUUUUGUCUGUCAUAGUUGACGUGUACCUAUGAUGAAAAUUACAGGCCUCUCUCAUCUUUUUAAGUGGGAGAACUUGCACAAUUGGUGGCUGACUAAAUACUUUUUUCCCCCACUGUAUUGUAUAAUUAGAUUAUUUGUGGCAGAUAGCUGAACAAUUAAUUAAUUCAGCACAGGUGUUGUUUAAUCAAUGUAUUCAUCUGUUUGAUAUUUGGUGUAACAGAUUGUUUUCUUACAAAUAUGCCUAUAUUUUACAACAUUGCUCAUUGUGCAUUGAGAAGAUAUGUUCAGGUGUCCAGAACUGUGGAAAAUGUAUUUUGGUUUCUGGCACAAAAUGGAUUAUAUUUCAUAGCGCACUCUACCCUAGAUCUUACAAUUAUUUACAUUGUAUAGGGGCUAACGCUAGUCCUCCACACCUUUACCACCCACUGUGUGUGGAGAGGCUCAGGGUGCCAUUCUGACUAAUUAACACUGUCUCUGUUUGUUUUCUCUGAGUCAUCGCUCGCGCUCCUAAUCACACAGAAAAAUCAUUUCCACAUCAAAGGAAAACACUUUCCAAACCAACCAAAUCGGAGACUUUGUACCUGUGGUGCUAUACGUUUCGUAUGUUGUUUUUUUACUCUGUGAUUGUCUUUUGCAUCUAGCAAAGAACCGGUAGUUAAUCUUGUGCAAUGACAAAGGUGUGUGUAGGUGUACUUUACAUACAGUCUUGUGUGCUUCCAGGGCUUAUGCCUAGGUAGGAUUUAGUUUAAUGGGCUAACGCGAUCUUGAGCCACACUGGCCACCUGUGUUAGAAGCCCACUUGGUCACACAGUGAGCCCUCAUGACCUCUGACCUCUUCCCUUUAACCCUUGUCCCUGUCCUUUAGGUAUGAUGAGCCACCCUCCCAUUCCCAUCACAGAGCUGGCUGAACACACAGAGCUGCUCAAGGCCAACGAUAACCUGUGUCUGUCUCAGGAGUACGAGGUGAGAGUGACAGCAUGGAGGGUGGAUGAACAUUAGUCCUAGGAACUGGUUUUCUGCUCAAGAAUGUGUACCAGUUGCCCCUUGGAAACUAAAAUGGCAUCCUAUCCUAGACUCCUAUAAAUGAGGAGAAAACAUUGCAACUGUUGUGUCCAUCCUGUAACUCUUCAUCUCUGUUUCCUGGUCUCUCCAGUCCAUCGACCCUAGUCAGCAGUUCACCUGGGAGCACUCCAACCUGGAGGUGAACAAGCCCAAGAACCGCUAUGCUAACGUCAUCGCCUACGACCACACCCGUGUCGUCCUCGCCCCCAUAGAAGGUUCAAGUCCAGGUGCAGUGUAUAGCUUAUGAGAUGUUGGCCUCACUUGUAAGACAAUAAGUCAUUGUACAGUGAACGACACGCUUCCUCUUGUCCAGGUAGAGGUCAAGUACUAGAUGGAUUUAAUUCAGGUUGUAGGGGCAGGGAUAGUCUAUAGUCCUGAACUAAGACAUUUUCAAUAACGUGAAUCGAACUUAACAACUCUCCUCUUCCCCCCACAUUCUCCCCCUCCAUAUGAAGGUAUCCUGGGCAGUGACUACAUCAAUGCUAACUACAUAGAUGGCUACAGGAAGCAGAAUGCCUACAUCGCCACACAGGGCCCGCUGGCAGAGACAUUUGGGGACUUCUGGAGGAUGGUGUGGGAACAGAGAGCAGCCUCCGUGGUCAUGAUGACCAGACUGGAGGAGAAGUCACGGGUGAGACGGGACAGAGACAGGAGAGGGCAACACUCAUCCACUCACUGACAUUAUCUACUGUAGGGCAACACUCAUCCACUUUGUUUGUCCCCAUAGGAGAACCAUUUUUGGUUCUAGGUAGAUACAUUUUUUUUUUACCAUUUACUCGUGAAAGGGUUCCACGUAGAACCUAGUAUUAGUGAAAGGGUUCCACUUGGAUCCCAAAAUAGUUAUGGUUCCAGGUAGCACCUUCUUUUCUAAGAGUGUACUGUAGGGCAACACUCAGCCACUAUGAAGGGGACUAGGGCUCUGUCAGUCACAGUAAGGUGGAGUCAUCCACUCACUGUCAUCCACUAUUUAAGGGCUCUGUCAUCCCCUGUAGGGCACUACUGUCAUCCACUCACUGUCAUCCACUAUUUAAGGGUCUGUCAUCCCCUGUAGGGCACUACUGUCAUCCACUCACUGUCAUCCAAUACUCUUAGUCACUGAAGGUUACUAGAGGGCUGUCACCCACGGUAGGGCACUUUAUAGGGCACAGUCAUGAGUCAUCCACUGAGGAUGAUAGGGUACUGUCAUCAGCUGUAAUCAAUCGGCUGCCAUCCAUUCAAAGGCACUGCCAGUAAUCUUAGCAUCAGAGCCAUAUUGAGAUAUCUAAGUAGGUCAAGACAAUUAGGCUGAUAGAUUAGUCUUUUCUGGUUAUGUCAAGUUGUUUUUUAUGACAAUAAUAAUGAGAAUGACGAUGAUGAGGACGUUAAUUUUGACAUUGAAGACGAUGACGAAGAUGAGGUGCUGCUGCUGAGGAUGAUGUUAAUGUUGUUGAUGAUGAUGAUGAUGUUGUAAAUGUUGUUGUUGAUGAUGAUGUUGUUGAUGAUGAUGUAAAUGUUGUUGAUGAUGAUGAUGAUGUUGUUAAUGUUGAUGAUGAUGUUAAUGUUGUUGAUGAUGAUUAUGUUAAUGUUGUUGAUGAUGAUGAUGUUAAUGUUGUUGAUGAUGAUGAUGAUGAUGAUGAUGUUGUUGAUGAUGAUGAUGACGAUAAUGUUGUUGAUGAUGAUGAUGAUGCUGAUGAGUAUGACCCUGACAAUUAUGACAUUGAUGUUGUUAUUGAUGAUGAUGAUGUUCCUGACAAUGAUAAUUUUGAUAACAGUGGUGCUGAUGAAGGUGUUUCUUCCUCCUGUAGAUAAAGUGUGACCAGUACUGGCCGAGCCGGGGUUCAGAGACCUAUGGGAUGACUCAGGUCACCCUAUUGGACACUAUGGAACUGGCCACCUUCUGCGUACGCACCUUCUCCCUGCACAAGGUCAGUACACACACGCAUGCACACAAACUUUACACACACACACAUGCAUAGAAGCACACCUAAGCACUCACUCAAACACACAAACUCCACCUCACCUCCCUGGCUCUCUUUGGUCUUAUCUGCCUCCGUCCAGUCUUUUCCUCUCUUUUGGUAAAUCGCCUGUCAUUUGCUGUUGAUUCAUUUACUGUCAUGCCCCGUGAUACUUUGACACUGUCGGCUAAUGAACCAGAAACAAUUUGAAGGGAUUUUAAGUCAAAUCUGCACUGUCAGCCUGUGAGAACAGAGCAGAGAACAAACGGGGGUUUAGUAGGCAAGUAGAGAAUGGGGGAGAAGAGUUGCAUUAGAUCCAGGCAGAAGAAGCAGGAGCAUGAAGAGAGGCUCAGAGCCUCCUAUAGACUCUAGCCGAUCGAAAGAGGAGGAAAGAAGAGAAGGAGGACUAAGAGGGCAGACGACGCUACGCAAGCGGGUCGGGGCGAGCAUGAGCUGAAGCGAGACGAGCGAAGCGAGAAGCAGACGAAGCCAAGAGACCGGGAGGCAGAGAGAAAGACGAAGAAGACAGCGGAAGAGCGACGAGCGACGAGUAGCACGAGCGGGCAGAAAGUCCGUAGAGGCCGAGGAGCAGGGGAGAGCCGCAGGUGCGGCGCGCGCGCGAGAAGAGAGCAGAGAGGAAGAGCGAGAAGAGAGGCGAGCGGAGAAAGAGAGAGACGAGCGAAGCGAGAUGAGAGAAGCGAGCAGAGGACCGAAGCAGAAGGCGAAGAGGAGAGGAGAAGGAGAGAGGAGGGUAGUAGAGAGAAGAGAGGACGCGGAAGUCAACGGAGAAGAAGGAGAGAGGAGAGCGAAGCGCAGCGAGAAAGGCCGAGCAAGAGAGAAGAGAGCAAGGGAGAGAAGAGAGAAACCGCCCGAGCGCGGGCGGAGGAGCGGUGAAGCGAGCAGAGCGAAGGUAGAGACGCCGGCGAAGGAGGAGAAAGAAGCAGCAGCCGAGCGACCCCACCAGAGAAGCAAGAAGAGAAGCGCGCACGCGCGCCGAAGAGGAGCGAGGAGAGACGGAGAAGCGAAGGCAGCGGAAAAGGAGAAGUGAGAGAGAAGAGAAACGGGAGGAGGGAAAGAGGAAGAGGAAGCGAGAAAUAGCGAAGAGCGGAGAAAACGAGAGAAGCGAGGGAAGGGAGGAGGGUAGACGAGAGAAGAGAGUAAGCGCGAUAAGAGAAGGAAGAGAAGAGAGGACGGAAGAAGACGAGAAACGAGAGCCAAGAGCGAAGCGAGAAGAGAGAGGGACAAGGAAAGGAGAGCAAAAGGCGAUGAAGGCGGAACGAGGCAGAGAGCGAGAGGAGAAGAGCGACGAGGCGGCAGCGCCUGCGCGACGCGCCCCGGCGCGAGAAGCGACGAGAGACCGCGCGCCGGAGCCGCGCGCGCGAGCCGAGCGAGACGACGAGAAGAGACGACCGUACGGAAGAGCGAAGAGGCAGGAGCCGAGCGAAGAGAGCAGAAAGAGGCGUCGCCGUCUCGGCGCGAUACGCGACGGAGAGGCGGCUGCGCAGAUGAGACAAGGCGAGGCGCGAGCCCGCGCGCAGCGGCCGAGGAUCGGGACGAGAGACGAUGUGCCGAAGCGCCCGUGGCGGCGCGCGAGGCACCGCGCGGCGCCAAGCGCACCGCGCGGCGCCCGGACGCGCCCAGAGCCGGAGAGAGAAGAGACGGAGAGGAGCUGGAGAAAAGGAAACAACAGACGCGGCGAGCAAGCGCCGCGCGGCGCGCGACGCGCUAGAGCGGAGCGCGACGCGACCAGGCUGACGGGCGGGCCCCGACGUCGCCGAGCGCCGCGGGAGGAGAGCGACGAGCCGCCCGACGGGCCGCGCGGCGGGAACCGCGCGACGCGCCGCGCGGCGCGAGGGCCGCGCGGCCGCGCGCCGAGAGCGCCGCAGCGCGACGCCCCGAGCGGCGGCCCGCGCCGCGGCCGCGCGCCGCGCGCGCCGCGAGAGAGGCCGCGCGGCGCGUCCGCGGGGCGUCGAUAGCGGCGGCGCGACGCGCCGCGCGGCGCGCGGCACCGCGCGGCGCCCGACGCACGGGCCGGCCCAACGCGACGCGCGGAGCGCGACGCGCCGCGCGGCGCGCGACGCGCCGCGCGGCGCCCGACGCGCCAGCGCCGCAGCGCCGGCGACGCGCCGCACGACGGGCCGCGAGGGCGAGAGCGCGACGCCCGCGCGGCGCGAGUCGACGCGCGGAGCCAUGACGCCCGCGAGGCGGCCGACGCGAGCGCUGCGGCGAACGGUGCGCGGCGGCGAGACGCGCCGCGCGGCACGCGACGCGGGCGCCGACGCGAGCGCGGCGCGAAGCGCGCGGACGAGCGACGAGCCGCGCGGGCGCCGCGCGCACGCGCCCAGGAGCCCGAAGCGCCGGCGCGGCGCGCGAAGCGCCGCGCGGCGCGGCGACGCGCCGAGGAGCGCGCGGGCGCGCGCCGCGCCGCGCGGCGCGCGAAGCGCCACCGCGUCACGCGACGCAUCGCCCUGGACGGCCGCGGAGAGCCGCGCGGAGCGCGAUCGCGCGCGCGAGGCGCCGCGGACGUGACGCGCGGCGCCGACGCGCCGGGAGAAGAAGCCACGGCGCCGUCAGCCGCGCGUAGAGGAUAGGCGACCGGAAUAGUACGUCUGCAGCGCGACCGCCCGCGUGGCGCGGGCGCGGACGCGACUUCGGCGCGCGAAGCGACGAGGGCGCUGACGGCGCGCGAGGCGAGCGACGAGCCGCGCGGCGCGCGACGCGCCGCGCGUCUCUCUGCUCGUCCUUUCUGCGUCAUGACGUCGCGCCUGCGGCCGCAGAUGGCCUUCUCGGCCUAUCCUCCCCGGCUCUUCUUCUACUUCCUCUCUUCUCGUCCGACGGGGCCCGUGCGCGCCGCGUGGCGCGCGACGCGCCGCCACGACGGCGCACGCCGCCAAAGAGGCGGGCGGCGCGGAAGCGCCGGUGCGCCGGGACGGGCCGCGCGGCGCCGGACGCGACCCGCGGCUGCCGACGAGCAUCCGGGGCACCGAAGCGCAGCGCGGCGCCCGACGAGGCGGCGCGGCCGCGACGCACCGCGCGCCGCCCACGUCGCGCGCGGCGCGCGACGCGGCGCCCGCUCGGCGCGCGAAGGAAGAGGGGAGAGCAAGAGAGGAGAGGAGAGAGAAGAGAAGAGAGGAGAGAGAAAGAGGAGAGGAGAGAGGAGAGAAGAGGAGAAGGAGAGAGAAGAGAGGAGCGAAGAAAAAGAAACAGACAAGGGGUUGUGGGUGUCGGGGCUGCGCGGCGCCGCGCGGCCGCCGCGCGGCGACGCGGAGGGCGCCGCGCGGCGCGGCGACGAGCGCGCCCGGUAAUCUGCGCCGCGCGCCGCACGACGCGGCGGGCGGCGCGGGGACGCGCCGGGCGCCGGACGCGCCGCGCGGCGCGGACGGCCCCGCGGCGCCGACGCGCCCCGCGGCGCCGACGCGCAGCGCGGCGCCAGACGCGGCGAGCGGCGAGAGACGCACGAGGUACGAACUAAGCGCCGCGCGGCGCGCGAAGGCCGCCGAGGAGCGAGGCGCGCAGCGCGGGCGGCCGGCGCGCCGCGGGCGCGCCGCGAGACGCCACGAACCGCGCGGAGCGAGACGCGCCGAGCGGGCGCCGCGCGGCGCGGGCGAGCAGCGCGGGCGCGCGACGCGCCGCACGAAGCGCUCGCGCGGCGCACGCCGAGGCGGGCGGCGCGGGACGCGCCGGGACCCCGCGCGGUCCGGACGCGCCGCGAGAGGCCCGACGCGCGCGCGGAGCCCGACGCGGCGGCGCGGCGCGGACGCACCGCGCGGCGCACCACGCGCCGCGCGGAAGAGACAGCGCGGCGCCCGACGCCCCCGCGGCGCGGCGCGUCAGGCGAUAAGCGAGGAGACAGACGCGCAGCGGUGCGCGGACGGGCCGGUGACGAGCCCGGCGGCGCCGACGCGCAGCGGCGACGCGGACGAGCGGCGCGGGCGCCGACGCGCCGGCUGACGCGCGCGGGCGCGCGACGCGCGUGCGGGCGAGGCCGAGCCGCGCCCGACGCGCCCGCGCAGCGAGGCGCGCGACGCGAAGUCGGGCCGCGCGCUACGAGACGAGAGGCGAGACGGGCAAGAAGAAAAGCGAGGAGCAAGAUCGGAUGGCAGCCGAGGCGAGACGACACGACGAGCCGCCGGAGCGAGACGCGCCGCGCGGGCCAUAAGCGGCGAGGGCGCGCGGACGCGGAAGGGGGCGCGCGACGCCGCCGGGAGGCGCGCGACGCGCGCGCGGAGCGAAAACGCUCCGGCGCGGCGCGAGACGAGCCGAGCGACAGAGCCGCGCCGAGCGGCGCCCGACGCGUCAGCGCGGCGGCGACGCGCCGGGCGCAGCGCGCCGGGCGGCGAGAGACGCGAGGGUGAGCGCACGCGCGCGCGUCUCACGAAUGCUCCUGCUGCUGCGAGAACGCGACGGCGAUCGGCCACGAGAGGAGGUAGCGAGAGCGAACAUGGGCUGCUCUCAUUCUUCUACAAUCCUCCUCGUAUCCCGCGCCACUCGCCUCUGCGACUCGCCUCUCUUCUCUCUACUCUCCUCUCUUCUCUCUACUCUCCUCUCUUCUCCCUACUCUCCUCUCUUCUCUCUACUCACCUCUCUUCUCUCUACUCUCCUCUCUUCUCUCUACUCUCCUUUCUCACAGAUUUGCUCUAAUAGUUGUAGUAAUGAUAAUAAUCCCUUCCCCUCUCAGAGUGGUUGUAGUGAGCUGAGGGAGGUACGUCAGUUCCAGUUCACUGCCUGGCCGGACCACGGUGUACCAGAGUACCCCACCCCAUUCCUGGCCUUCCUACGCAGGGUUAAAGCCUGCAACCCCCCUGAUGCUGGUCCUGUCAUCGCACACUGCAGGUACGAGGAUACACACACAUACCCACACACACACAUAUACCGCACACACAUAUACCAAACACCUGCGACACGCACACAGCACAUACUCGCACACACACACACACAAACACACACACUGGAUCCAGUCACCCACACAUGACAGGCUGUCCUGAAGAAUUGCCACUGACAGUUCAGUAGGUAUAUGUUUACACUCAUAUAUAUUUUCCUCUCUUUCUUUCUCUCUCUCUUACCUCUCUCAGUGCGGGCGUGGGUCGUACCGGUUGCUUCAUCGUGAUCGACGCCAUGCUGGAACGGAUCAGACACGAGCGCACGGCCGACAUCUACGGUCACGUCACUCUGAUGAGGUCACAGCGGAACUACAUGGUGCAGACGGAAGACCAGUACGCCUUCAUCCACGAGGCGCUGCUGGAAGCAGUGGCUUGUGGGAACACGGAGGUGGCGGCCCGGAACCUGUUCUCCUACAUGCAGAAGCUGGGCAAGGUGGAGAGUGGAGAGCACGUCACCGGCAUGGAGCUGGAGUUCAAGGUAAACAUAGAAAUAUAACAGAUAGAACAGAUAUACGUCACCGGCACGGAGCUGGAGUUCAAGGUAAACAUAGAAAUACCAAGUAUCGAAAUACAUACAGUAGCAUACAUUUUGAAUAGAAAACAUGUAGAAAUAUAGUAGAAAUAAAGAGUUAUUCAAUGCAAGUACAGAAUAAAAAUUAGGAAGAAUGCAUUGCCCUUUAACUUUGUUAAUAGGAAUGUGUUUCGGUGGGGGAAAAACUAAAUCCCCCUCCCCUCUUUCUCCCUCCCCCUUCUCUCUCCCUCCCCCCUCUCUCCCCCCACCCUCUCUCCCCCCAGCGUCUGGCCAACACCAAAGCCCACACGUCUCGGUUCGUCAGUGCCAACCUGCCAUGUAACAAAUUUAAGAACCGCCUGGUCAACAUCAUGUCCUAUGAGACCACCCGCGUCUGUCUGCAGCCAAUCAGAGGCCUGGAAGGAUCAGAUUACAUCAACGCCAGCUACAUUGAUGGAUACAGGUACAACUUAACCAAGGAAGAAGAUUUAGUAAUAUGGGCAUCCCAUUUCAAGGCAUUGUUCCAUGAUAUGUGGACCAGUAGCCAUAUUUUGGGUCUCAAAUUAAGCUUAUAACAUAAUUUAAAAAAUCUUAAUUUUAGAGAUGUGUCCAUUCUAUUUCUAUGGUGUCUUUACAUUAGAUCAGAACCCUUUAUAACACAACACCCAUCAUCUAAUGUGUGUAGGCAGCAGAGAGGUUACAUGGCUACCCAGGGCCCACUGGCUGAGACCACAGAGGACUUCUGGAGGAUGCUGUGGGAACACAACUCUACCAUCGUGGUCAUGCUCACUAAACUGAGGGAGAUGGGACGGGUAAGGUUACACACACACGUGCACAUACACACACAAACGCACUUGCACACGCAUGCUCAUGCACGCAUGCUCGCACACACAUACAAACACAUACACACACAUACAAACACACUCACAGACACAAAUACAUACCUGAUGCCAUCUCUGUACCUCUGUGUGUACCUGCAGGAGAAGUGCCAUCAGUACUGGCCCGCAGAGCGGUCAGCUCGGUACCAGUACUUUGUAGUGGACCCCAUGGCUGAAUACAACAUGCCUCAGUACAUCCUCAGAGAGUUUAAGGUCACCGAUGCAAGGGUGAGUGUGUGUGUGUGUAUAUAUUUGUGUGUCCACAAUACUGUAUAUCAGGGGUGUCAAACUCAUUUUAGCUCAGGGGCCACAUGGAGGAAAAUCUAUUCCCAAGUGGGCCGGACCGGAAAAAUCGUGGUAUAUAUAACUUAAAAACAACAACUUCAGAUUGUUUUCUUUGUUUUAAUACGAUCAACAUACAACAUAAAGCUGGAGCCUGAGGACAGUGUGUCCAAAAUAGUACAAGCACAACAUCACUAUUAAUCAUAAAACACGUCAAGUUUAUUUGAAAAUUCUAAAGAAAAAGAACACACAAACACACAAUGCCUCAGUGAUUAACAGAACUGUUUCACAGAUCACAGAACUAUAUCAGGGUGUCAUUUCUCAGGCAGAAAUGUAGAUAAAAAUAAUGAAAUCCUGUUCCCCAAACAAGUGCAAGAACCACAGAGUCAAGAAUAGGUUAAAUAUACAAAUAAAAUAAAAUCAAUUAAAAACAAUAGCACAUCAACAUAAAAACAUAUAAACAUAAAUCUGAAAGCGUUGCUCAAACUCCCGUAACAGUCCAGUUAUUUUAUCUUUGAACCGCUUCAUGUCUGCCGCAUUUUGGGUCGCGCACACAUUUUUCAGACAGGGGAAGUGAGCUGCAUCACCACCGGCAAGUUGCGUCUCCCACAAUGACAGCUUCAACUUGAAAGAACGUAUGCUGUCAUAAUACUGCGUGACAACUUUGUUGCGCCCUUGCAGCUGUUUGUUCAAGUUAUUCAGGUGCUCUGUAACAUCCACCAUAAAUGCAAGGUCCGGCAUCCAUUCUGCGGAAUGAAAUUCUAACACUGGUUUGCCCUUUUCUUCCAUGAACUGUUCAAUUUCUUCUCGUAAAUCAAAGAAACGCCUCAGCACAGCACCUCGGCUUAACCAUCUUACCUCAGUGUGGUAUGGCAGGCCAUAGAUGUGGUCUUUCUCUCUGAGAAGGCUGUCAAACUGACGGUGAUUCAGGCUUCUGGAUCGGAUGAAAUUAACAGUUUGGAUGACCACCUUCAUGACGUUAUCCAUCUUUAAUGACUUGCAACACAAAGCCUCCUGGUGCAAAAUACAGUGAAAAGUCAAAAAAUCACGUCCUCCAUUUGCAGAUUGCACUUUCUCUCUGAACUUUGUCACAACGCCUGCUUUUUUCCCGAUCAUUGAGGGCGCACCAUCUGUAGCCAGGCUGACAGCGCGGGACCAGUCCACUCCGACCCUGUCCAGCGCGCCGACGAGUGCGGUAAAAAUAUCAGCUGCUGUCGUUGUAUCUGUCAUCGGCACCAACUCCACGAACUCCUCGGUGACGGUCAAUGUGUCAUCAACUCCGCGGAUGAAAAAAUGGCCAGUUGUGCAACAUCUGUAAUGUCCGUGCUUUCAUCAAUUGCAACCGAAAACGCAAUAAAUGACUUUACUUUUUGCUUCAACUGGCUGUCCAAAUCCACUGAAAGAUCGGAAAUCCUGUCUGCAACUGUGUUUCUUGUCAGGCUGAUAUUUGCAAAAGCCUGCCGCUUUUCAGGGCACACAAUCUCCGCUGCCUUCAUCAUGCAUGUUUUUACAAAUUCACCCUCACUAAAUGGUUUUGAAGCCACUGCGAUUUCAUUAGCAAUGAGGUAGCUAGCUUUCACUGCAGCGUCACUGAUGUCUCGGCUGUGAGUAAACACAGACUGCUGUUUCUUCAGACCCGCCAACAGUUCAUUCACCUUCUCUCAUCUCCGCUGUCCUUGAAAGUUGUCAUAUUUGUCGGCAUGAAGACUCACAUAGUGGCGACGAAGGUUAUAUUCUUUCAGCACUGCAACAUGCUCUGAACACACCAAACAUACAGCUUUCCCAUUCAAUUCCGUGAUUAAAUAGGAUGACCAUUUUUCUUGGAACACUCUGCACUCUGCGUCCACUUUUCUCUUUUUUGACAGAGACAUAUUGGGGCAAUGAGGGUGCCAAAGCACAUAAUGUUAAAAGUAGAAGCCGUAAUAAAUAUUGCGGGCAAAACAAAGUAGCUCAUUGGCUGCACGUGCUUGACCUACUUGCUCUGCCCCGGUAUAAACAGUUUGCUUGCUUAACACAAUUGAUAUUGCGCCAUCCAGUGGACGCAAUUGGAACAGCAGUUUAUUUUAUUGAAAAAUUGCAGUGCAUUUUUAUACUUAAAAAAAAUAAAAAUAUUGUUUUUUUUUUUUUUUGAAAUCAUCUCGCGGGCCGGAUUAAACCCGUUUGCGGGCCUGAUCCGGCCCGCGGGCCGUAUGUUUGACACCCCUGCUGUAUAUCCUCCUCAGACAAGGCAAGGUCAAUGACGCAAGGCUGUGUGCCUGUGUGUGUUUUUCAUGUUGCUUGUAAAUUACAUCCCUUUUGUAGCAUAUUUGAUAUUGUAAUCAGACACCCUGAUCUCUCCCCUCUCUCCUCUAUCUGUCGCUGGCAGCUAACAUGUUCCAUCGAUCCACAGUAGAUUACACAGUAGUCAACCCUGUCCUCUCCUGACGCCCUGAUUGUGUGUGUGUGUGUGUGUGUGUGUGUUCGUGCAUGCUUGCAUUCCUGUGUGUGUGUGUGAGCCGUAGAUUACUCCAGUUAAGCCUGUCCUGUCCUGACGGCCCAUUGACAGAUGUUGUAUUGAUCUCUGUCAAAGUGGAGUCACGCCGUCUGAGCAGAGAACAGGCAGGACACAGAGUCUGGCAGACAGGACAGGACAGGACAGGACUCAUACACAGACAGAAGAUGAGAGGGAUGGUGUUGGUGCUCAGCCACCAGAACAGACCUGCAAUCUUAUGAUAAGACACAACUCUGGUAAUAGAUAGUCCAAUAGCUUGUUUGGUUAAAGCAGUAGAUGGGAAAUCUUACCUUUACUUAUCCACUCACAUACAGAUCAGUGCUUACCAGUAACAAUAUGGAGGAAAGUCUGAGUAUUCAUACUCCACAUUGCUCUCAUCACCACUUGUUUUGCCCGUUCUCCUAUCAGGAUGGCCAAUCACGGACAGUUCGUCAGUUCCAGUUCACCGAUUGGCCAGAGCAGGGAGUUCCUAAAUCUGGAGAGGGCUUCAUCGACUUCAUUGGCCAGGUGCACAAAACCAAGGAGCAGUUUGGACAGGACGGCCCAAUCAGUGUCCACUGCAGGUAAGAGUCAUUGCCAUAGCUGUAGGUUUGACUAACAAUGCAUUCCUCUGAUAUACUUCACACGCCUCAUAUUCUGAUUACUGAUGUACAUUAGUCUAGCCGCUAUAUUGGUAAGUGUGUGUGUGUGUGUGUGUGUGUGUGUGUGUGUGUGUGUGUGUGUGUGUGUGUGUGUGUGUGUGUGUGUGUGUGUGUGUGUGUGUGUGUGUGUGUGUGUGUGUGUGUGUGUGUGUGCGUGCGUGCGUACGCAGUGCGGGUGUGGGGCGGACCGGAGUCUUCAUCACUCUGAGUAUCGUUCUGGAGAGGAUGCGCUACGAAGGAGCUGUGGACAUCUUCCAGACUGUCAAGAUACUGAGGACACAACGCCCUGCCAUGGUACAGACAGAGGUAGGCUUCACAGUCACACCAACACCUGUCCCAGUCUCACUGUUUAAAACAAUAGAUAUCAGACAAGUACAUGUGGUUUCUCUGUGUCUGGAAGCCACAGUAAUGGUAGGAUGUUGCUCUAUCCUGUCUAUUUCCCUGGAUCAGGAUGAAUACCAGUUCUGCUACCAGGCUGCCCUGGAGUACCUGGGGAGUUUUGACCACUAUGCAGCCUAAGAGAGGAGAGGAACUGUCAUCCCUCGAUCCUUCUGUUCAGAUAAGAGGUCCACAGAGAUGCGAACGAGAGGUGCAGGUUGGAAAAUGACAAAACAAUGAACCUUAUAUCCCACUGGAGGGGCGACGCUACUAACAAGGAGUUAUUAUACAAGAACAACAACAGCAACAUACAAAUCAAUAACAUACAAAACAACA